AUGAAAGAGAAAGGUGUUCUGGAGGAGUUUGUGAAGACACACAAAAGGGAACCAGGCAUUAAAUAUAACUUGCUCCAACAGAAUGACUUUGGUGUAGUCUAUGAGCCUAUGUACUUGGAUGUGAGUAUUUCAUGGAAAAUAUGAAUCAUUAUUUUAUUACCAUAUUAUUAUAGCACUAUAUUAGCAUAGAGUGUUAUUAUUUUAUUGCUAAUUUUAUUAUGAUAAUACUAUACAGCAACAAAUAUGUAUAACUCUCUGAUCUCUUCCAGACAUAUUACUUUGGUGAGAUCAGUAUUGGAACACCACCCCAAAACUUUUUGGUUGCCUUUGACACUGGUUCAUCAAAUCUUUGGGUGGCUUCUUCAUAUUGCCAAAGCCAAGCCUGCAGUAAGUCACAUUGUCAAUUUUGGAUAGUGUGGAAUAGUAACUUUAUAGUUUAAUUUAAAAAGCCUAUGAUUUUAUAAUGUUAUAUGAUGAUAACGUUUCAGAUAGUUCACGCAGUGAUAAAAAUAAUGGCUACUUAACUUGGAAAGUAGUUAAUUGUUUUUCAAGUCGAAGUAAUAUAUUCUCAAAAAUGUUUGACAUAAAUUGCAGUAUGACACUCAAUGAAGUAAAUGACAGUAUGACACCCAACAUCAAUUGUCUGUUUUGUAACACCAUCCAUUUUGUAUGGAGUACUAAGUAGACUUGUUUUUUCAGAUCUGGCUUAAAACUCAUUUUUGUUUGUCCAAAAACAAUAUGGCCCAUUGGACUGUAGGAUGUAGAGGAAAUUCAUCCAUUAUUUUGGACUCGCAAUUUCAUUAGGACAAAUUAAAUUCCGCAAUCCGCAGCUGCAUCUUUCAGCUAUCUUGCAUAUAACUUCCAAAACUGGUACCCUUGCUGGAUCGUCAUAUUUAAGGAUACCAAAAUUGGAAGCCGUUUAGUAGAUAGCUCCCUAAUUUGGUAGCCUUAUGGUAAUCCCACGCAAAGGUUUAGGGAGCUAUCUAUUAAACAGCUGAUAGAUAAAAAUUAAGAAAAGCUAUUUCAACUUAUAAAAAUUAAGUAAAAAAUACUUACUAUUAGUAACAGUUUUACUCCUGCCUCAUGGCCCCACCUGAAAAAAAUAAUAAAAUGGUCAGAACAGUGCCUUGGGUGGGGGCUAUUAAAUAAAAUGAAGGGAGUACCUAGUGUUCGUAUUGGGGAUCUAAUUUAAUAAACCAUGGGGAGACAUUUUGUCCCCCUCAGCCAUCACUAAUUGGCAGUGAGUAGGGGCUCUAAUUAAUAUAACAAAGUAUCUAUUGUCCCCUCAGUCCUCACCUAUUGACAGAGGGUAGAAUCUCUAAAUACUUAAAUAAAUAAUAAAUAUAUAGUUUUCCCCUCAGGUGGGGAAGAGUACCCAAACCCUAGUCACGUAGCUCCUGUCAAAAAAAAAAAAAGUUACAGUGGGACUUUUAUUUGGCCUUUUUUCGGGCCAAAGAAAUGAAGAUAAAAGAAAUAGAAAUAAAUAAAGAAAACUAAUGGUAUGCCCCCCACACUUUAAUAUUUUACUCGGUGCCCCACUAUGGGGCCCCUAGUUGGUAAAUUAGUAACUAGGAAGCAGUAGUAAUUCUAUUUUUAAAUAAUCAAGGAGGAGCAUUUUACCCAACAAGUAAUUUUCUCCCUGUUUAAUUCAUUGUAAUUUAUAUCCACCCAUUUGUUUUUCUGAAAGAAUGGACAAAUUGAUGAAAAUUGGAUGGAAAUGGAUGACCAAACUUAGUACUAAGCAGUUCUGGUAGACUUUAUUAAGACCUGUGACGAGAACACCAAAAUUACAGUUUACCUAGUGCACAGACAAUCAUUGGCCUCAUGCCCAAUUAUACCAAGUCUUUAAAUAGUUACUAGAGAAUACCCAUUUUGAAUAAUAAAAAUAUCCAUAAAUAAAUACAUAGGCAAUAAUAGAUUGAUUCUUAAAUAGUUAUUGUGCAUUACAUUGAAAAGUAUUUUUUUUUCAUUUUUUCAGCCAAUCACCCGUUGUUCAAUCCCAGCCAAUCCUCCACUUAUACCUCCAAUAACCAACAGUUUUCCAUGUGGUAUGGCAGUGGCAGCAUGACUGGCAUACUAGGAUAUGACACAGUGACAGUAAGUAGCCAAUUAUAUCCUUAGGUGAACAGGACUGGAUUUAAAUGGCACCAAAGAAAUAUUCUAGUAGCGUAGGAGUUGAGAUUUUAAGCCCUGAUAUAAAGCAUAAUUUUUAAUCUCCAGAUGCCAUAACAAAUUUAAUAUUUGUUAUACUUAGUAAAUGUAAUAGGGCUUCUGCAGAUAACAUUUGUGUAACUACUUUCUGUAGGUACAAGGAUUGUCCAUACAGAACCAGGAACUGGGUCUGAGUGUGACUGAGCCAAGUAGCUUCUUCUACUAUUCCAAAUUCGAUGGUAUCUUUGGGAUGGCCUAUCAGACAUUGUCAGCAGGAGGUGCGACCACUGCAGUGCAAGGACUAAUCCAGCAGAAUCUGAUCCCAGAGCCAGUCUUCAGCUUCUACCUGACAGGGUGAGGGACAACAUUCAUGGUUGAUUGUCCCCAGGUCAUAUUACACAGUUUUUAAGGAUCUCUGUAACUGAGCACAGAUGGGUACAUUUGCUAGUGACUGCGGAUAACCACAAAACUUUAUUCUUUUUUGGAUUCUAAGUAUACACAUUCAGCUAGUGAUAUUAAAAAGAGUGUUUCUUAAAGGAACACUUCUACUCCCAUAACAACUUGAGCUUAUUUAAAUUAUUAUUGGGGCAGGAAUGUAAGGGCACCUUUUUACCUUCAAAAGUUAAACUGUUUGGCAAUGGUUUAGCCCCAAAGUUGGGGCUCCUGUGCCUGGUGCUCCUGUACUCCACUUUCUUUUUCUGUACUGUGCAGUACAAGGAAGGCAUAUCCGUUAGUGUAUGCUCUCAGACUAUCAAUGAGCACCCAUUGAGAAAAUGAAGCUCAAGUUGUUAUGAGGCUUGGAGUGUUCCUUUAAGAUCACUGUUGAAACAGAUUUUUUUUUUUUUUUGGUUAUAGAGUUAAUAGGCCAUUAGUUGGUAAGUGCAUCAAGGCAAGAGAAUAUGGUACUGAUGACAGAGGGUACAACAGUAUAAAGAGAUGUAUGAUGGUGGAAGACAAUAUGAAUGAAAUCAGAGAAGAAAAUAUCCCUAGAUCUGAGCAGAAUUGGAAUAUUGGGUGGAUGAAGAAUAGCACUAAGGGACUUGUACAGAAUUAUGAGGAGGACAAUGGGAAUAUCAACAAAGUAAGAGAAUAUAGGAGAUAAAAAGGAUAUGAGAAAAAUAAGAUGUGUUUUUUAAAAGAAUGAAUGUUGAUCAGGUUAAAUGCAGAGUGCAACCAAAUAGGAGAGAGGAACAGAGGGAUUAUUGCUUCAGGGAUGAACUGUCUUCCAAUAGGAGUAUACUUGGGAGGUAUGUAUGUGCUUUGACAAACAGCAUUAUUACAAUUAAUGUCAAAAAAAAAUUAUUUUCACUCUUAUCUUCCCAGUCAGUCAGGGGAAGUGAUCUUUGGUGGAGUAGACAGCAGCCUUUAUUCUGGACAGAUUUCCUGGACUCCGGUCACUCAGGAGAUCUAUUGGCAGAUAGCUAUUGAAGAGUAAGUUUAAAUUAUGAGGGCCAAUAUUUGUGUGGUCCAAUGUGCUGGUUUACUUUUAUUAUAAUUAUUUCUGCUGUAUUUCAUUUCUUCAAUUUAACUUGUCCAAUUUUAAAAAAAGACACAAACACCUAAAUAAAUAAAUAAAUAAAUAAAUAAAUAAAUAAGGCUAGUUAUGCUGUUGCUAUAUAUAGUAAAAGAAUAAAAAUUUAAGGGUAUAUUACUAAUGUGUGAAAGACUGUAUAAACAGUAUAAAAUGUCUAUUUAUUUACUAGACAGUUGUUUAUCUACUAAACAGUUAUGCUUUGCUGGUCCAUUUAUAAUAAAAUGUAUAGUAUGUAAUAUGAUUGAAAGAAGAACUGGCAUAGCUCAUAUGACCUAUCAGUAACAUGCCUGUUGUACACUAUACAUUGGGCCUGUUUUAAAAACAUUUAGGAUAGUUCUGCCAUGACCUUGCAUUGGGCUUACACUGAGCUCUUUAUUGAUUUUUUAUUUAUAAGCAGAAAGAGCUGUUGGAAGAGACCUGAGACCUCCCACUGCCCUGUUUCCCACCUCCCCUGGCUAUUUGUCACUUGAAAAUGGGAUUUAGUGUCCAGUCUCUUGCAGUGGGGACAUAUGCAGAGUAUUGUCUGCCCUGAUCUAGUGCUUGUGUUCAAAUAUUCCGCAGUUAUGUUCUUCUGAAUUUUAUUCAGCCAUAAUACAACACUUAUUUAUUCUAAUCAGCCAUUAUCUCCCUCUUUAUUUCUUUCUCUUAAUUUGGUUACCAUGCCUACUUCUCUAAUGUGCCUUAAGCUACGAUAAAGUUUCUCUACCAAUUUCUUUCUCUUCAAGUCAUGAUGUUCCUUUUGCUUUGUAUACCUCCUAUUUUUAGCCAUCAAAUUCUCUUAACUACAUCUAAAUUGUUCUUACUUAAGUCAUUAUGUCUCUACCUCUCUCCUCCUUCCAUCUACCCUAACUCUAUAACCACCCUGCCCCUACUCCUUUCUUCAUGGUUCAUGUUCUUACUUCUCUUUAAGCCAUAUUUCUUGCUACUGGUUGAUCUAGACUAAAGUACCUUACUGCCUAGUAUUAUUUGGCAAAGCAGGAAGUCAUCAUCUCUACAGAUUGGUCACAGCAUGAAACGUCGCCCUACCCUCUCUUACUAGACCCCAACAUCUAUUAUCUACUAUUGUUUUGUACUAGACUAUCGUCAUGAAAAUCAGACACAAUUGAGAAGAAAAAGGUCCAGGCAAGAUUUCGACCCUACAAUGGGUCUUUGAAUGCCUGGGGCUCUUUCUUCUCAAUUGGAUUCAACUAUUUGGGGUGUGUGCUACCCCAAGGCCUUCCCCCCUUUUUUUGCUCAUAUAAAUGAAUGCAGUUCCUAAUCUUUUUGUUGUUAUAAAUAUAUGAAAAUCGGACAUAUUGCUUUUUUCCCCAUUUCGAAUUUCUUUUUUUUUUUGCUACAUAUUUUUCACUAAAUUCUUAAAUUCAUAAGAUCACAGCAUUUAUAUUUUUUAGUCUUACCACUUAUUAAAAAUCAAGUUGACUGUUGAUCCAAAGAAAAGUCUGAUCGCUAUUAGAAAAAUGAUGUGUUCUCUCCAAUUUUAGUAAAAAUUUAAAUUAUCUUUAAUUAGAAAAGUUUGCCUUCUACAUAAACAAUCAAUAGAUAUAUUUUUUCAACUCACUAAUUAUGACCGUGAUUUAAAAUUUUUGGAUCUGCUUUUCAAAUGAUCCCAAUCUGUUAGAAAAACAUAUCCAAUGAUUAUCUAGAAAAAAUACCCAUAGACUUUUCUGGUGACUUAGGAACAAUUGCCUACAGAUUGCUACUUUGCAGAAAGAGGUUUUAAUUGCAUUGCAUUAAUUCAGUGUGAGUCAAUAUCCUUCAGGUUUUCUGUUAAUGGUCAGGCCACUGGCUGGUGCAGUCAAGGAUGCCAAGGCAUCGUCGACACUGGAACCCCUCUUUUAACUAUUCCACAGCAAUAUCUGAGCUCCCUUCUUCAGUACAUUGGUGCUCAGCAAGCAGAGAAUGGAAACGUAAGUUCACUGACAUUGAAAACACACACUUCGCUCUUCUGUAUAGGUGGCAUGGAAAGUCCAAAAUUAACAUCAGAUAAAUAAAAUGUUUUGUUACAAAACUGCACAAUCUUAUAAAUAAACAAACUAACAAAUUAAUAUAUUAAUAAACUUAGAUAAUUAUUAUUUUAUAGAACAGUGGUUCCCAAGCCAGUACACAGUGUUUUGCCAUGCAUGUGAAAUAGCCUACCAUUGCUUUCCUAUAGGAUGGUCUCAGCCAUGGACAACCAUGGCGCAACAUCCAUUCUGGGUGGAGGGGGGGCAUCUAACUAGGUAGUCCAACACUACAGAGUUAGAAAUACAUGUUUGUAUUUCUAACACUAUAGUGUUCCUUUAAUUUACAGUGUAACGAUGUCAAAUGUCAUCUCUGCUUUUUAAAAUACUCUGCUAAUUCUUAUGCCACUGUCAGUAGCAAAGAGUCAAAGUGAAAGAUCCCAUCUGCAUCCUUUAUUUGGGGGGCAACCACUGUAUGCACUGUGAUGACCAUAUUCAUUAAACAACUUUAUAUAUUUUUUUCUUAGUAUAUAGUCAACUGCAACAAUGUACAGAGCCUUCCUCCCAUCAGCUUUACCAUUGGUGGAACCCAGUUAUCAAUUCCACCUUCUGGAUAUAUUCUUCAGGUAACAGUAAAUCUUAAAUUCUUUUUCUAGAGUUUUCAUACUGUAAUGGAAAUGUAUUACACACUGAAAAUAGAUUACCCUGUCUAAAAACAUAGAUUUGAUGGAAUACUAUAAUUUGCCACGUUACCUAUUUGGAAUUAUAGACGUAGCAGUUUCAAGCUUGCCUCCACAAACUGUAGCCUGCAGGCAAAUUGAUACUAUAUUAUGUAAUAUAAAAUUUGCCAAAGUUACCCUUAAGGUUUUCACUCAAUUUAUGCACAUGGGAUGUAACAGGUUCUCAGCCCAUAACUAAAAUUGCCAAAAUGUACUACCUGAACCCACAUUCUACACAAGUGUAACAUAUUACUCACACACCCAGAGCUAUUGACGAACCGGACAUGACGAUAGACAGACUAGAGCUUCGUACCACUGUUGGCGAUAGUAUUGCUCUGAUCCCCAACUGCCCCCAUUGGCUACUGCAGCCCAUCUGGUCUAUUUUGUAUGGGAACAUAUAAAUGUUGAUUGAUCGUGAUGGACAACUUGCAUAUAUAUGACAUAUACCUGUAGCUUCCUUUGAAAUUGUAUAAUAAAAGGAUGUCACAGUGACCUACUUGUUGAUUGUUGAGCAAAGUCCUCUGUUCGCAACCUUAUGAAAACAAAAAUAAAGAUUGUUUAAAAAAAAUUAAAAUUGCUAAAUGUAGAUCAGGUGAAUCGUCUGCCCAGAGAAGUGCAAAAUAAAUGAAAAAAGUAUUACCUUUAUUUCUUCAUAGCAAAUCAUGUCUAGGAGCAGCAAUAUGGGGAAGACGCCACCACCAUAACGCUUACACGGUUCAUGCCUCAUGGACGCAGUCUUUGAUGAAGUGUUCGUGAGGCAUGAAACGCAUAAGUGCUAUUGUGGUAAUAUCUUCCCCCUGAUGCUGGUCCCAAUCACAAUCUUUAAAAUUGAUACAUGUAUUAAUAUCUAUAUGACUAGAAAACAGAACAGAUGUGAUAGCAUCUAUUAACUUAAACCUCUACCUUAUAGAUGAAUGGAUAUUGUGUUGUCGGGUUUGAGGAAACCUAUCUGCCUUCCCGUAAUGGACAGCCACUCUGGAUUCUGGGAGACGUCUUCCUUCGUCAGUACUACUCUGUCUAUGACUUUGGGAACAACCAGGUUGGCUUUGCUGCCAUGGCAUAAAGGAUGAGAUAAAACAGAGCACAGACGUUAAUAGCUUGUGAAAAUUCAAAACUAUAUGAAGCAAACCUUGAUAUAAACCUUAAAGGCAGUAGGGCAUUGGGAAAAAACAUCACUGUCAUGCAAUAACAAACCACAAAAUAUAAUAAGAUACACAACAUAUUCUAUGUAUGACCACACAGGAUAUUCACUGUAAUAUCAUUUGUGCCAAGAAAUUAAAGUUCAUGAUCUUAUUAUGAACAAUAGAUUGUACUGUCAAUCUUCCCUGACGCUGACCUCCAAUGAAUGGCCCUAAAAUAUCCUUUGGCUAUAAUAAAAGCAUCAAAAUAAAUAAAGUAUGUAAAAAUUAAAGCAUCGGAGUAAUUGUCUUGCUUCAUACUGACUCUCUGCAUUUUAAUUAUUUUAUUUAUAUUAUACCUAUUCAAAAAAUAAAUAAAUAAAUAAUAAACUCAAGGAGAGAUAACCAAUUGUACAACGCUACGGAAUUAGCUAUAUAAAUAAUAAAAUAUUAAUAAUUACCACAUAUAAAGAUUUUGAGACACAUUGCUUCCAAAGAGACAGUGUCAUUUAGGAACGUAUAAAGCCUUCGAAUUGAUAAGAUGCUUACUUUUAUGCCAUAGAGGAGUUUUUUUCAUUUUUGCGAUGAAGAUCUAUAAUGCCUCCAUUCUGCCUGUAUCUUCAUUACCUGUGUGUGUUCCACUUGUAAUCAGAAGCAGAUGUCUAAAUACUUAAACUAUGUUACUGCAGCUACCUUAGAUGACAUAUAUAAACAUCUGUGACAGAACAGUUGUGUCAUUAGCAUGAUAUAUAGGUAGUUGUCACCAGGGAAUAUUUUAUAAUCUAGUUUUUUGUACCAUUAAAGAAAAACACCCAUAAAUAGCGGUGGAACUAACGUAGAGAGUAACCUGAUGCAAGAAUAUUUUUGGGUCCCGUCUAGCGCAAGGGUGACCAAAAGGUAGAUAGCCAUCUUUCAUACAACUCCCACAAUGAUUUGCUAUUUGCCCAUCGUUGAGGAUUGUAUUUGUGAGCAGUGUUUGUGUGUCUGCAUGUAAGCAUGUUUUUGUAUGGAGUAUGUGUGUGCAUGCAUUUGUAUGUACUGUUCUCCAUUCCAAAGAAUGGAGACUAGGUGAGAGCCUAAUGGAGCAGGAAGGGAGAUCCAAAGGAAUUGUGAAGCCCUAGAGAAGUCUUGAGGUGGGCGAGGUGCAAAUAUGAACAGAGGAUAGACACAGGUAUUCAGCAGAGUGUAGGGGCCUGGAAGGGAGAUAUUAGUGAGGGAGAUAAGUAGAUAGGAACAAUCAUAUGAGGGAGAUUUGUAAGUGAGAAUCAGAAUUUUGUAUGUAUCCCUAUAUCCUAUGGGAACUCAAUGUGGGACAGCCAAAAGGAAGAGGCAUGGAAGGACAGGAAGAUAAGCCAUUAUUCAUCAUAGAUCUUAGUCCCGUUAGCUGGGAGAUUAUAAGACCAGUGAGAAGUGGUUUUCAGUAGUCAAGGCGGGAGAUGAUAGAGAAAAACAGAGAGGAAGAUGCAGCGCCUGGAAUGUCCUUGGAGUGUGUAUAUAUAACCAUAAAAAGGAGGAGAAAUAGGAAACUGAAGUAUGUAAAAAAUACAAUAAGGUUAGGGUAAAUAAAAUGAUAUGCACUCACACUAUAUAGGAGCUUAGGUGCAGCUCCAACUUAGACGCUUGGGUGGAAUAAUCCCCGCCUGAGGAUAUUGUGGAGUACAGACUCUAUAGGAGAUUCUUGUGGAUGCAACUUCUCUUGCACAUAUGUAGGAGAAAUCUGAGAUAUAUAGUACAAUAUGCCAGACUCAAUAUUAAAAUAUAUAGCUAUAAAAGAUGUGCACUCAAGUGUAUGGGAGCCUAUAGCAUGGCUCCACAGGUAUGGCUUGAAGUGGUAUGAUACCCACUCCAGGAUAUAGGUGCUGUUGGUCUCUCUCUCCGAUUAUAUAAGUAAAAGAGAAAAUAAAACCACAAUAGUGUAGACUCUAAAAAGUGAUAAAAUGAAAUAGAUAAAAACUACUCACACUUGAUAGAGCAAAUAGGGAUUGCUCUGUCCAACAGGCUUAGGUGGUAUUAUCCUCACCAAGGAUAUGGAGUACAGGAAUCAUUAAUAAAAAACAAUAAAUGAUUAAAAAAAAAGGGUAAAAUAACUAUAUAAAACAAUAUUUAAAUACACUUAAUGCUUUUCACCAUACAAUGGCUUUUGAGAAAGUGUUUUUGAUGAUAGAGGCCUGGACAAGCACCCUAGCCACAUCUGUUGUUUGGUAGGUGAUGUGGAAUCAAUCAAUUAAUUGAUAAUCUUGCGUAUCUGCCCCCGGCCAAAUUUAAAAAGAUGCGUGCACGCUCCUGAAGUAAUUCACACCAGACACAGGUUUUGGAUUAAUGAAAAACUUGAGGAAAGUUUAUUCUGGGGGGACGGCAUGCCCCUUAUAAAGCAAAAUUACACCAUAUGCAUUGUCAGAGAUAACAUGGAAUAAUACAUCAAUAAUUGGUUAGGUGUUAAGUGGUUCAUUUAGUGCCCUUCCUACCGGGUGUGAUGUCACUGGUAUCUUGGAGACCUCCCCCAGAUUCCAGCGCCAUCUUGUUAAUGAGGGUGUUAGUCGAUGUCAAAGGGAAACUCCCUAGCGGCCAUUUUAGGUAAAUCACGUAUAAGGUUGAAUAAUGUGGAUUGUGGUUAUGCUGAGUAAAUAGGCAUUUUAUUAAUAUGAAUUGGGUUAAUAUCUUGUCCACAACAGUCCCCCCCUUAAAAUGACUUUACUAAAGAGACAACUACUAACUGACCCUAACAAUGUCCCUACUUGGCUGCAGCUCAUCUGUCUGAACAAGCCUCGAACGCUUCACUGCGCGGGUAUCCCGUAGUGGCUAACCCACUACAUUUCCCGCGUCAGACUCCUACCCAUGGAGACAGACACUGUUCCUAUAAAGAAGUAGUUGUCCUUUUGGGGUGGAGGGACUGAAGAGGUGUGUGUGGGGUGUCACAGUCUAUAUCGUCAAUAUCUUGAUGUAGGAAUGUAGGUGUGGUGCGGUCAAUGGUCUGAUCUACAGUCUUUUGUAAGUACCUUUGCACCCAGGGCAUCACGCAGCAAACCAGGAAGAGGAGGAGAAUCACUACUGUAAGAACUGCCAUACCAACUUGAAAGAGAACUCUCUGCCAUCCACUCAUCCAUCCCAACCAUCUGUCCCAUGAAUUGGAGACCCCUGAGUUCUUUUUUAAUUCGUCAGAGAGACUUUCUAAUUUUUACACACCCCCCUUUUCUGCUAGGAUCAUGUCUAAGGCCAUUCGAUUCUGGAAUGCAAUUGUUCUGCCAAGCCUUGGAGGGCAUCUCUAGUAUAAUUGACAAAACGUUGCUGAUUAUAAUAGAUAUAAUUAAUCCAGUUAACAUUCUUGUUAGCGGUAAUGAGUGGGAUCAAGGAUUCGAAUCCUGCCGCAACCUCAUCUCUGGCCUUGAACUCGUUUGGUACCCCUCUUGGUACACCUAUGGCAUCGAUAUACAUAUAUGUGGGUCAAAACUACCUUGAAUAGGGGUUUCUCUUUUUAUCCUGAAGUACAUGUGUGGGGAAUCAAGUGGGCCUUGGUGGUUAUCAGAAAUUAUAUGUAUAGGCAUGAUGGCUUUGGUCAGAGUGCAUUCUCCCCACCACAGGCCAGUCAUUUUAGAUCUGAGUUGCAUAUCACCACAUAGCCAAUAAAUGUCUCACAAGGACUUGACUUGAUUUACCAAUAAGGUAGUGGGAGGUUUCCAAUAGGUGGCACAGUAGCCGGGAGGGAAACUACCCACAAAUUUAUCCGUGGUUCCGUGUAUAGUGUAGCAAGUGUAAUUACCUGGAUACACGGUGAUUCCAUCAGGUGGCCUGAGAUUCCCUUGAGUUAUUGGAUAUACCUUUUUCCAUGAUUCACAUACUGAUGAGUUUGUGGCUGAUUGUACAUAGAGGCUUAGAAAACACAUCUCAACAUCGGGGGAUUAAAUGGCACUGUACCCAGAUGGGGUCUGGCCCCGCCGCAGACAUAACAGUUAGUUUUAUUGUGUGAAUUAGCAUUACACCUCAUCCACUCAAGCCAUAGGUUGGUAUCUGAAAAACCGGUCUCCACAGCCAUAGUGUCCUCGAAUGUAGGAUUGGCAAUUGCCACCAUGUCCUUAAGAGUUUUAAUGUGUGGUUUUAGAGGGUUAGUGGUCAUGUGUGUAGAGUCUACCCAGUCAGGUGAUGUAUGCAUGUCUUGUAAAUAGAAGGUCCCCAACUUGUCAUAUGAGCCACCCCCUCUCCAGUACAUCCCCAUUACGUACUCUCCAGUGUCUCCUAGGCUGGGAUGUUCUAUGUUUAAGGUGAGUUUCAUUGGGGUAGACCCUGUUGGCUUACAUAAGGUCAUUCUGUGUAAUAAGGGUUUCCCAUGUCUGUCCACCCUAUCCAAGGCGCUUUGUGGUCUGUAGCCUCAUGGUCGGCCUAUGUUCCAACCUGCUGCUUUCCAGGUACUACAAUGAUGUCCCCAAUGGUCACCUGUCACACAAAUGUAUGGGUCCUUUCUAUUGGGUAUGUCUUUGUAAUAUUGCUGAGUGUUGUGAUUGUAAAGAAGUACAAGGAACAAUAUCACAGUAAUCAAAGGUAAAAGUAGCUACAUGUGUGUUUGAAGAGUUAUACCAGAAUGUGUAAACACGAUUAUCUUUGGUGAUAGCAAAUUGUUGGGCCUUUAAUAGGCCUAGCAGAAUUAAUAGACACAGGAAGCUCAUAGUUUAGCAGGAUCUGCUUCCUCUGGAUCAGGAACUUUCUUACAGUGUGAGGCGUGUAUCCAGGUAUUCUUCCCAGCCAAUUUUACCGAGGUAGACGUGGUCAAUAGGACUUGGAAUUGACCAUCAAACCUUGGCUCAAGAGUGUGCUUUCUCAGGAAUUUCUUGACCAUAACCCAGUCACCAGGAAGGAGUUUAUGUGUGCCUGUGUUUGAUUCUGGAUCUGGAAUAGAAGAAAACACCUGUGCAUGGAUUUUGGUCAAGGCAUGAGAGAGUGCAGUUAUAUAAUCUACCAUUGCAUCUGACUGAAUUUGUUGUUGAGGAAAAUAACAGCCUAACCUGGGUGCUGUACCAAAUAAAAUCUCGUAGGGGGAUAAGCUAAGUCUCCCUCUUGGAGUGUACCUUACACUAAAUAGUGCUAUGGAAAGAUUUUGCGGCCAGGGUAGGUUAGUUUCUUGGGCCAUCUUAAGCAUUCUGGCGUUUAAGGUGCCAUUCAUGCGUUCUACCUUACCACUGCUCUGUGGGUGAUAGGGUGUGUGGAAAGCAAGGGUCACCCCCAGUGCUGCCCAGAUUUCCUUGGUUAGCAACGCGGUGAAGGAUGUUCCCUGGUCACUUUCAAUCACCUCAGGAACUCCAUAUCUGCAGAUGAUUUUGGUAAGUAGGCGCUUUGCUGUGGUCUUAGCAGUGAGAUUAGUGACAGGAAAAGCUUCUGGCCAUCCUGAAAAUAUAUCCACCAAUGCAUAUUCAUUGCCGGCCACUUUUUGGCAUUUGGAUAUGAUCAAUUUGGAUCCUUUGGAAAGGGUACUGUGGCUUGGCCAAAUGGUUUGGUGCAGCUUUAAUUAUUUUUCCCGGAUUACAUCUGGUGCAGAUGGUACAGGAUCUGCAGUAAUUUUUUGUCAAAGUAGUGAUUCCGGGUGCCUCAAAAUAUUUAUCAGUCAGGGAGUUCAUGAGGUGCUUGGAUAAAUGAGCUGGUCCAUGGGCUCACUGAACGAUAGCUGGGUACAUAUUCUUGGGUAGACAGAAUUUGAGGUUGAUUGUGUACAUUUCAUUCUGGAGGGUUGCCCCUUUAUCUUUCCAACUUUGUUUUUCCUGAGGGGUGGCAGCGGCCUGUUGUUCUCUCAGGAACUUGAGAUCAGUAGGUAGGGUUUGCAUAGUGUAAAUAGGAGUCUGUUCAAUGGGCACUCUUCUGUCCACUUCCCGACACUGGCGUGCCGCAUCUUUAGCAGCCUGAUCGGCUAAGUAAUUGCCACAUGCUUCUUCUGAAUUCAAUCUCCGUGGGCCUUUACCUUCAAUAUGGACACCUCUUCAGGAAGCAGUAAGGCAUCCAUUAAUUCAUUGAUAGCUGCGCCAUGUUUCACCGGAGUACCUGCUGCUGUAAGAAACCCCCUUGUUUUCCAGAUUAAGCCAAAAUCAUGAGCUACACCAAUGGCAUACCUUGAGUCUGUAUAGAUAUUAGCACGCUUCCCUUCAGACAUCUUACAUGCUGCUGUAAGGGCUAUUAGUUCGGCUUCUUGUGCUGACUUAGAUGAUGGAAGUGAAGAUGCUUGGAGUACUCGGUCUUCUGUGGUGACAGCAUAUCCAGUGAAGUCAGGAUCUGGCAGAGCAGCCUCGUGCACCGUUGGGAGAUGGGUUAUCUCCAUUUUCAUCUGUUCAAAACAGUCAUGAGGGGCAUCCGGGUCCUGUUCUGUAGGAGGGAUGUCUUCACAUAUCUCUGUGUGAUAUCGAGGGUAACCGACUGUUUUAUAAUUUAUGGUCCUUUUAGUGACCCCCGUCAAUGUGAGCUGUUCUUGAGUUGUGGCUGAGUUCUUGUUCUUGGGCCGAGUUCUUUCCAUGAGAGAUUUGGAGAUUUGGUGAAAGAUAUAUGAGGAACUGCCACCUUCCAGUGGUGGUGUAAAUGUGAUACUUCCAUGGGCAGGUAGACCAAGAUAACAAUAUUUCCUCUGGAGUCACAAAACAGGUCUGUCAGGGUGAUGCGUAUUUCCACCAGGCUAAAUAAUUCUUCUUCAUAGUAUGGGUCAGGACCUGGGGUAUUCCUGAACCACAGGGUGCAAUGUAAGUAGCCCUCAGGUUGUUCAUCAUGUGGAACCAUGGGUUUUUUCACUUGAAGUUCCAUAUGAACAUCAGGAUUUAUGUCCAGACUGUACCAGUAUUGUGGUAUUCCCCCCUUGGGAAGUGGCAGAAGAGUGGCCGGGUUCAAAGAGUAACAUCUUUGUAGAGUGACGUUAUCAGGCAAGAGGAGGGAGGUUUAAAGACGGAGGUGUCUUUGGGAGGAGAGAUGUUUCGGUUGGACUUGAUUUAGGAUGGCCGUGAUAUCAUGGGGAGCAAGGACAGUGAGUUUAUGUCCGAGAACAAAGUCAUAAGUUUUGUCCAGCAGAGCACUGGCAGCAAAAACAGCACAUAAACAAGAAGGACCGCCUCGAGCCACAGGGUCCAGCAUGCAUGAAAAAUAACCAAUAGGGUGUUGACGGGAACUAUGUGAUUGUGUAAGGACCCCUGAAGCAUGGCCCAUCUUUUCAGAGACAAAAAGUUUGAAUGGCUGCGGAUAGUUAGGUAGGCCCAAAGCUGGGGCAGAGGAGAUGGCCCUUUAAAGGGCGUAGUAGCAGGAGCGAGCUGUUAAAGACAAUGAAAAUGGUUCAGUCUUCAAGGCAUCAUAGAGAGGUUGCAUGAGCUGAGAAGCCUCAGGGAUCCAAGACCUGCAGUAUGUGAUGAGGCCCAAGAAGGCAUGCAGAGCUUGAUGAGUAUAUGUGAGAGAGAGAUUUGUAAUAGCAAGUACUCUGUUCUUUGUUAGGUGACGGGUGCCAUGGGAAAAGCAAUGUCCCAAGAAGACCACAGAGGGCCGGCACCACUGAAGUUUAGUUCUGGAGGCUUUACAUCCUUCUUCAGCGAGGAAACAAAGGAGAUCUUCGGAAUUUUGUUCAGCAGUUGGAAGAUCAUCCGCACAGAGAAGUAAAUCAUCCACAUACUGGAGCAGGACCACGUCAGGGUGAGACUUCUGCCAAGGUUCUAAGACAGUUGACAUAGCUUUGGCGAAUUGAGUAGGGGAAUUUUGUGCACCUUGAGGCAUGACAGUCCAAGUGUACUGUUGGCGAUCAUGUGUGAAAGCAAACAGAUAUUGGCAAGAGGGAUCGAAGGGCACGCUGAAAAAGGCAUUUGCAAGAUCAACCACAGUGAAGAAUUUAGCUGUUGGAGGGACUUGUGACAACAGUGUAUGUGGAUUCGGGACAACAACAGUGUCUCGGUUGGUGACAUCAUUAACAGUGCGGAGGUCUUGAACCAUACGGUAUUGGUCAGGUUGGCCUUUUUCAGUCUUCUUCUUCACUGGAAAUAGAGGGCUGUUACACACUGACACACACUUUACCAGAACACCUUUUGCCAACAGACUUUCAAGUUGUUUGGAGAUGGCAAGGGCUUGUGCAGGCUUUAAUGGGUACUGUGGUCUUCGUGGUGGAUUAGCUCCCUUUAGUAGCGUGACAACCAUGGGUGGGACUCUUAGGCGUCUAAUGUCAUCUGGGCCUGUAGACCAAAGUUUGGUUGGGACCCUAUCCAGGGCACUGGGGGCAUCUGGGACCCUUACCUCCUCAGAGGGGGAAGUCAUGUGUAACAGUAGGGGCAAAGAGCAAAGAACAGAAGUAUCUUUGCGAGAAAGGGGGGUUUAUAAUUGAACCUGGCCAUCAGCGGUGAAGGAGAUAGAAGCUUGAAGACGGGACAAACCGUGAGAGAAUGUCUGAACCCACCCGCAAGAGCUUAGUUAAUGGGUUGUUUCUAGGGAUACCAUCGACACCUACACAAGAGACAUCUGUGUCGGAUAGGUAAGAUGAGUCAGGCAGGUCUUGUUCUCUGAGAACACUGCGGGCUGCACCUGUGUCAACUAAAAAGGUAGUAGGAUGACCCUCUACGGGUAGGACUACUGUAGCGAGAGGCCCCCCUUUGUCCCCUGUAGACACUGCCAUGACAGGGGUGCUAGACACAGGUUUACCAGUUACCUAUUGUAUGAGGUCUAGAUGAGAUUGAUCAGGGCCAGUGUAGUGACAUGUGGGUGAGGUGAAGCGACUGGUCUGCUGAGUCUGACGUGUAGGGCGAUGUUGACUGGGUACCGGACGGUCAUCUUGUUGAUAAUCAUCUGUAUCAUAAUUAUCAGGGGAAUUGUGAACAUAGCUGCGGUGUGGAGGGUGAUCAUCAGCUGGAGGUGGCUGACAGGCAGCUUGGGUACAUUCCUGAGGAGGGUAAUACGAAGUAUGUGCCUGAGGAUAUACCUGUGGAGGGUAACCUGGCUGGAGGCAACUAUGUGUGAUUGCAGGGGCAUAGGGGUACAUAGGAUAGUUGAACACAGGAUUAGGUGGUCUAGUGGCCGGCUGUUGUUGUCUAGGCACUCUGGGGUGUGGACAAUCUUUCCUGAAAUGACCUAAUUGGUUACAAUUAAAGCAAGCCCUGGUCUGAGACCUAGGUGUGUGUGUAUGGUGUUGUACCUGUGUAGCUGGCACAGGAUACCCUGUGGGUGCUGGGGCGGGUCUGGUGGUAGGACUAAAAAAGGAAAACAAAAGGGGAUUACUUUUCCUUUGGGUUGGCUGGUGUGCAGAUUCUAGGCCUUUAGCAACCAAAAGGAGAGUGUCUAGAGGAAUAAUUCUAUAUUCAGGGCGGGAAAGCACUAAGCCUUUCCUGAGGGCUUCCUUAAGGCCCGCAACAAAGGCCGCUGAUAACAUUUGGGUAUGUGCCUUAUUGUAUACACUGAAUCCUAGAUGAGAGAAAGAGUCAACCGUGAAUGCUACUUCUCCACAGACUCAAGUUUAUCUUGUAUAAUAUCAUUUAUACAAUUGCUUGGUCAGCUAGUUUAUCUUGUUCACAGAAUGUGAUACCUGACUGAAAAUCCAUAUCAGUAGUGAGGAGAGCGUCAUUAAAACUCCUUUGCAUAAUGGGCCAAUAGGCAUCCCCAGCUUUGAUCUCACACAGACUAAACAGAUCGCGCCAGGCAGCUGAGUAUGUCUUGCGAAUCUGGGCAACCCUCCGAAAGAAGGGCAUGGGGUGUUUCUCAGGGUCGGGGAGGGGUGUUAUUAGGGUUGCAGCUUGAGAUGGGUUGAAAGUAACAUACAUUGGGGGUGCCCCUUCCACAGUUGAUAAGGUGUGGAUGUGAUUGGCCAGGGUGGCCUGUCUCUGGGAAACCCUAUGAUUUGCAGGGCGGAAUGGGCUGAGCCCCUGCACGUUGUCAUCUUCGGGGGGAAUCGGGAACGGGAGACCGUGGUAGCUGGCAGCAUCUUGUGAAUUAGGGGCUUGAGCGGCCGGAGCAUCGGAGUUGGGGGAACCAACAGCAAUGGCCUGGAGAGUAACUAAUUGAGAGGUAGUGGGAUGAAAGCCUGAUGUAGCAGGAGAGGCGACUACAGAAUGAGGUUGUUCCGAUGCAACAGAUUCAUUCGACCCAACUAUCAUGAUUGGGUAACUGGGAGCCGCCAUGAGGGAGGUGGAGACAGGAACUGGAAUGGAUGAGGGGGCGGAAGAGGAAAUGGUUGGAAGGGUGCUGGGAGGGGAAGUGAUAGUCAUAACCGGAGGUGAUGGGGUCUGAGUAAGCUGAGGGAGAUGAGCGGAGAGGGCGGAAAUGAGUGAUGAAAGAUCAGGGGAGGGAAGGACUAUGGGAUUGGAGGCUGGAAGGGGAGGGGAAGCUGAAACUGGGUCAGAAGAGGUGAUGGGGAGAGGAGAGGGAGCAGAGAGGGCGGAAAUGAGUGAUGAAAGAUCAAGGGAGGGAGGGACUACGGGAUUGGAGGCUGGAAGGGGAGGGGAAGCUGAAACUGGGAGGGAAGAGGUGAGGGGGAGAGGAGAGGGAGAUGCAGGAGUGGAGGGAAUGGCACAGGAAGAUUGGUCGAAGGGGAAUAUGGCAGAGGGAGAUGUGACAAGGGGAACAACGGGUGAAGGCAGGAGGGGAGCAGGAAUAGAAGGAAUGACAGGGAGAGGGACAAGAGGGGUGACAGGGGAGGCAAUGGGUGAAGGUGAAAGGGGAGCUGGAAUAGAAGGAAUGACAGAGGGAGGUAGGAGAGGGGUGAUCUCAGAAGAAGUGAUAGAGGAAUGUAGAAGAGGGACGGGAUCAGAAGCGACAGGGGAAGGUGGAAGAGAGACGGGACCCGAGGGAAGUGGGAGAGGGGCUGGGAUAGUGGGAACGACGGUAGGAGGUGGGAACAAUAGGAAUGACAGAGGGAGGUGGGAGAGUGACAGGAACAGUAGGAAUGACAGAGGGAGGUGGGAAUGGGGCGGGAGCAGUGGGAAAGACAGAGGGAUGUGGGAGAGGGACGGUAUAGUAAUAAGAUCAGUCCGCCCCGAGGACCGGGAACAGAGGGGUGGGGACAGAGGAGCCUACGCCAAUUGGAGGUGACGACUGGGUAGUGGCUGGGGAGGUGGAGCCAGAUUCUUUCACAUUGUGUUUGGCGCCAUCAUAGGGCGGUGGCUGGGGAACAUCAAGAGAUGAAUCAUCAUUACAAACAUUUCUGUGAUAUACAUAAAUUGAUUGUCCUCCAAAAUCUAGUUCUUCCUCUAACCAACCCUCCCUCUUGAGUCCUCUUGCCACCUGAUACCAAGCAUCCACGGCUUUCGUUAACCCAUUAUCCAACAAUAAGCCCUCUUUGUCAGUAAGCAAUUUCCUCCAAAAUUCUGGCUGUAAUCUACCACUGGGUGACAUUUGGAAGCCACAAAUCUUUGCUAUUUUCUUUAUUUUUAACAUAGCCUCUUCUCUUGCUCUCUACUUAACUAUGUCACAAGCUAAGUAGCCUUUGGAAGGUCUGGCAUGUUCUUGUCCCAUUUUUACCAAACAAGGCUUCCCACGUAAGAGGGACAGAGAGAGAGAGAGAAAAAAAGAAGGAAUGUCUACAGUGCUCGACUGCCACGAGGAAUUGAUCUUUGUGCAUCUUCCCUAAACGCAGACUAGUCACGGGAUCCGCCCACCCGAGAUGGUGGCCACGGAUCUGAGCAGGCGAGCGUGGGUGACUAACACAGCUCUGGGUAAAAAGUACAGAAGAGGUACAGAAUGAAGGAAAAGUUGAACGUGGAGAGACUAAUCAGAAGACAUUUACAAGAGUCACAGAUGUAGAGAUGUACACAUAAUCCGGAAUCAAGGAUGAGCCACACAACACACACACACACACACACACACACAGCGAGGGUACCCACACUAUGGCCACAAUUAAAUAAAAAACAUAAUAUAAUAAAGAACAAUAUAACAAUGAGCAUAGUAACAACUAAACAGUAAAUAAAACCCUGUUCUGCUCUGAACAGUACAACAAAAUUCCCAGCCUUUCUCCAGGCGGUUCCCUGUCCUUCACCGGGCGGAUGCGUUCCCUGCCCGCUAGGCACUCAAGCUAUAAUAAAUUACCAGCCCCUCACCGGGCGGAUGCGUUCCCUGCCCACUAGGCAGUCAAGCUAUAAUAAAUUUCCAGCCCCUCACCAGGCGGAUGCGUUCCAUGCCCGCUAGGCAGUCAAGCUAUUAUAAUAAAAUAUAAACCACACACCAGCUGUCUCACACGCACACACAUACUCAGGAGGCAGAUAGACAAUCGACAGGUUUGUUUUAAAAGGGCACCGGAUAAGAGAUUACCUGUCAUGUAGCCUUCUGGAAGCCGGAAGUGGACACGGAGACAGACCGACACAAAACAGGAGAAUACAGACAAACCACUGUAUUUAGGAGGUGAUCAGGCUCCGGUUGUCCCUCUUUCCGGCCGUCCGAACCGGCGAAACACGGUGCCCCACGUUGGACGCCAAAUGAUGUGGAAUCAAUCAAUUAAUUGAUUAUCUUGCGUAUCUGCCCCCCGGCCAAAUUUUAAAAGAUGCGUGCACGCUCCUGAAGUAAUUCACACCAGACACAGGUUUUGGGUUAAUGAAAAACUUGAGGAAAGUUUAUUCUGGGGGGAUGGCAUGCCCCUUAUAAAGCAAAAUGACAUCAUAUGCAUUGUCAGAGAUAACAUGAAUUAAUACAUUAAUAAUUGGUUAGGUGUUAAGUGGUUCAUUUAGUGCCCUUCCUACCGGGUGUGAUGUCACUGGUAUCUUGGAGGUCUCCCCCAGAUUCCAGCACCAUCUUGUUAAUGAGGGUGUUAGUCGAUGUCAAAGGGAAACUCCCUAGCGGCCAUUUUAGGUAAAUCACGUAUAAGGUUGAAUAAUGCUGAUUGUGGUUAUGCUGAGUAAAUAGGCAUUGUAUUAAUAUGAAUUGGGUUAAUAUCUUGUCCACAACAGUAGGGGUGCAAGCAAGCUAUGUUUUUUAAAUGGAAGAGGCAAAAUUUGGCGAUUGACUGGAUGUGAGGGGUGAAGGAGAGUUUGGAAUCAAGGCAGCUCUACCAUAAGUAGAGCUUAUGUUAGUGUCAUUGACUUGGAGGAAGAUAGACAUGGAAGCAGAGUUGGCUCUUUAAUUAGGCGAGUCAGACGGUCUCCUAAAGUCUCUUGCUCUCUUGGGCAUCGCAGCUGCCUAACUUGCCUUAGAACAGACUGAUUCUGGAGCUCUGCCAGGUGCAAAGGUGCAGACCGUGAAGUAGGUGUCAGCAAGCUCUGGCCAAUCAGAGCAUUGCCUCAGAUUAUCACAGCAAUGCUCAGACACAUCAAGUGCUGGAGCUCGUAAUACACCAACAUUAUGGUCUACCACUAUGCAACCAAUGGAGUUGCAGACUAGAUGGCUAGCCCACUGCACUAUCAGGGAGCCAACUGGGCCAUCAGGUAAUCGAUUAAUACAUUAAAAAAAAAAGAAGAUAUUUCAGUUUGAGGAUGCUGGUCACUGAAACACAGCCUCCCCACACACUAUAACCAUCCGCCACACAAUGUUACCCUUCCACACACUGUCACCUCUCUUCAACAUGCCACACUUACAUUAACUCCUCCUAAUCCGGUCACACUCAACCCCUCCAACCUCACCACACUCACCUCCCGCCACUGUCACACUCCCCUACUCCCGCACUAUUACAAUCAUCCCAAGCCUUGUCACACUCAUGCUCUAUCACUCUGCAACACUAACUACUCUUCACCCUGCCACAUGCACCUCAUCACAUUAACCUCUCCAAUCCUCCUACCUAUAUGUGUGGAGAAAAUGCUUUUUAGACCAACCAGAACUUUCGUUUUUUUCCAAUAACCCCUUCACACUGGCACUUAUGUAUACAGGAGUGCCAGAAUAUGCAAUCAUACCCCGCAAUCGAAUACAAACGAUUAGCAUUAUUUCAACUUGUAUUUGUUUAUUGCAAAUUAAUUGUUUUUGCACAUUUUGCCAUAACUACAGUGAGAGAGCUCACAGGGAGCCAUGACACAUCAAAACUCAGAAUAAUACAGAGACUGGUUCUCUAUAUCCAGCGCUCCAAUCCCAUCCUUCAAUAUAAAUACAGCUACUUAGACACCCACAAUGCAACCCCUAUUUUCUUUCAUGGGUGUUAGUAGGACUCUCAUGUUUGGCUUUACUAGGAACACCAGCAUGCACAUGUAAAGUUAUGUUCUUAAAGUUCUGUCUUACAAAUCAACUUUUUUUUUAAAUAAAUAAAUGGAAAAAAAAAAUAGAAGCAAUCUCCAUUAUUCCAGGCUCAAUUCCCAGAACCUAAACAAAGCAAGGAAGGAAAAUCCCAAGUGAACAGAUAUUUGUGUCUGAGUUAGGGUGGAGGUGCAGAAAAAUAUUUAAUGUUACGAUAUUAAUCUGCAGUGAGAGGUAACCUACGUUAGUGUUUGAUCAGUCAUCAAAUGCAAAUAAUCUCUAAUUUAAUUGAGGUCCUAUCACUGACCCUGUGAACCUACACACUUUGAUUCUGAUAACACUAUAUACAUAGGUAGAACAAAAGAGCAGCGUGUGUUUGAAACGCUUUAAAAACAUUAGCCUGGAUAAAUUUCAUUUAAGUAGAAGCUUAAAAGUCAGGGACCAAAAUUGACCCAUUACCUUUGAAAAAAGGAUAAAUUAAAUAAUCUCAGGACCUCAAAAAUGUGAGGUAUUAAAUUAACCAUUUAUAGCAAUAUGUCUAUACAAGUAAGAACAAAACAAAAUACUCAAUGGAUAAAAACAUCAGUCUAUUUUCAGUUAAACACACAUUAAUCUGUUUUCUAAUAGUAAAGGGAAAAGGCAGAGACGAAAGAAGACAGUUUGAGAGAUGAACUGUUUUAGGUGUCCUAAAUAGAAUAGAACUGUGGCAAAAAAUGUCUGCUAAAACAAAAGAAGUACACUCAAAAAGGAAUUUUUAUAGAUGAAGACUUCAGGUCUCAGGAACAAAAUGGACAAUGUUGGUGCUGAACUGGAGAAAGGGGGGGAUUUUAUUGAGAGGUUAAGGAAUUGGGUACCCAACAGUGAUGAAGACAUCAAAAGCCUGGCGUAUGGUUGAGAUGAGGGUGAGGUAGGGUGUAAAUUAUUCUUAUUGGGAGAAUUUUAGAUGGUUACUUUGUUUUAACCUACAGUUCCAGAAAAGGCUCUUCUUUAUGAAACUCUUUCUAUACUAAAGUGCAAUGAAAAGGUACUUGCCCCUACCUGAUGUUUGUAUACGUAUCACACUGAAUGGUUUCAUAUCUUCUACAAUGUGAUCAUAGGUAGUAAGAUAGCAGAUUCAUUGAAGAUUCAGGGAAUGAAGUAACCUCAAAUGAGGUGAUUGGGAUCAUUGUCCUAUUGCAUGACGCAAUUUAGGGAAAGUUAUUUUUUUUUUCAUUACAGGUUCAUUUUCAGCCUUAUGUUUGGAAAUGCUUGCCAAACCUAAUGGGGUCCAGGAUGUAAGUGUCCUUUGAUAAAUAUAUAUUUACAUAAUGUCAUUCUAAGUGCAUUUAGAUAUUUUUAAAAAAUAAAAUUGUUAUAUAUAUACAUAUACAAUGAACAAAAUUAUAAACGCAACACUUUUGUUUUUGCCCCCAUUUUUCAUGAGCUGAACUCAAAGAUCGAAUACUUUUUCUAUGUACACAAAAUGCCUAUUUCUCUCAAAUCUGUCUAAAUCUGUGUUAGUGAACUUUUCUCCUUUCCUGAGAUAAUCCAUCCACCUCACAGGUGUGGCAUAUCAAGAUGCUGAUUAGCACAAUGUUGCAGUCAUAACUUUAAUAUACAGGACAUAAACCUAGCUCCAAAGGGUAAAUAAUUUCACCAUAGGUGUUAAUGUCAGUAGAAAGAGUACUAGGUAAAACCCUGGUAAAAAGUAUUGACAGUUAAAUUCCAGUCAGAACUCCUAUCAAUCUUCAUUUCCUAUUUAAACGGGUACACUCGAAUCUACCUGAAUACGUGAUCUGUACCACAUAUAUACAGACCAGUAAGUUACAUUCCCUGUUAUACCUGUUUCUGGCAUCUAUAUAACACGGCCAUUAGAGUUAGCUACACACAAUUUAAAAGGUAACAUUAAGUUAUCCACACUAACAGAAUAACUUUAAAUAGAACAGCCUAUACAUAGUAAUUCACGUAAACCAACAUAGACCUACAGCACAAGCAUGCUUUGCUCUAUAAGGUAAAAGACAUAUUACGCGCAAACAGGUCAUACAAACGCUCAAGUCAAGAAACAUAUUUACGUAACCACACAAACAUACCAGGAGGACAAUUACAAGGUAAUAUCAAACAUUUGCACACAGUUCAUAUAAUUUCAUAUGUACAAACAAUCUACUUACCAAACAUAUAGUUCUAUUCACAUCUAAUCACGUGAAAAUUAAACAUGAGCUUCAUUUCAACCCAACUAUACUUGCAGGGCCAGAUUAAGAGCCCAGUGGGCCUGGUGCUGACAAUUAUGACGGGCCUAGUUACAAAAUUUUAUUUACCAAAAAUACUAAAACAGUCCUACGUCCUAAGCGUCAUGUAUCUGAUGGAGAUGGUACUGGAGGGAAACUCAUAGGAUGCAGCUAUGAGAAAACACAUACCCACGCUUUCAUCUUUCAAGUAAACCUAUACCCCCUAACAGCAGUGUCCUGUAAAGCAGGAAGUCUAUGGACAGGGAAAAAGGGUGGGCCACUGACACAAAUCACAUAACCAGAACUGCCGAAAGGUGCGAACAUACACAAAAAGGGGGCAUGUCUGUCUCCCCAUGUCUCCCAGUCCCUUAGUGUCUGUGUCCCCAUGUCUCCUAGUGUCGCUAUGUCACUAGGACACUAGAGGACAUUGAGAGACAUUGGGAAACUGAGAGACCUGGGGACACUGAGACUCUUGGGGAAACUGGGAGACAUGGGGACACUGGGUAACUUUGAGACAUGAGAGACACUGGGAGACAUGGGGCACUGAGACACUGUGAUACAUAGGGGACACUGAUAUAUAGGGGACACUGGAGACUUGAUAAAGACCUGGGUACAGGUCAAAAUGUUGUGGUGUCCAAUAAACCUGCUUAAAUAUAUCACAGUGAGUGCCUGAGAUUUUUUUCUUUUAUACUAGGGGACACUGAGACACUUGGGGGCGCUGUGAGACAUGGGGACACUGAGACACUAAAACACACCAGGGAUACUGGGAGACAUGGGGCACUGAGACACUCUGAUACACAGGGGACACUGUGAUACAUGGGGCACACUGGAGACUUGAUAAAGACCUGGUUACAGGUUGAAACAUUGCGGUGUCCAAUAAAUCUGCUUAAAUCUAUCACAGCGUAAUAAUAACUACCUAUUUCCAGAGCUAAAAGACUCUGAAUGUCGGUGUUAGCUGGAAAGGAACACAAGAUGAGGAAAAGUAUGUUCUUUGAUAGAAUGCUGCACACGACUUAUAUUAAUGGUCAGAUAGCAAAUCUAAAGCCAACUGGCUAUACCUCUACCUACUCAGAAAAAUAGAUGAUAUAUGCAGAAAUAGAUAAAGAAUAUAAAGUUGUCCAAUUGUCCUAAUCUCUGACUUUAUUGAGUGAGGUCUCUAUCAGGAGUUGGAUUUUCUUAUAUCACACUGAGUAGGUGUCUAGGAUACAGGGAGCAGAUGGCUGAUGUCAUUGAUUCUACAAUAUGGUAAUAUAGAACUAGCAGAAGGUUGUUUGUAAUUACAAAUUGUUGCAAUCUCUCUUCUCCUAAUUUUGGUUAAUGCAAUUCAAUAUAGGAGACAGUUUGAGUGAAGAAACUGAGUCAGAUAGCUGUCAGGUUAGGGCUUCUGUAUUAUCACAGUAUUGCAAUAUUGUUGCAAAACGGAGAGAGCAUAAAGAGGAUACUAAUUAGCUACAGUUGCUUUAACCCUCAGUUGUAUGGGGUUGGUAACUUGUUUCAGAUUGCAGCCCCUAUCUACUGCUCUUAUCUAAUGCCUGUCUUGAAUAAACUUGAAGAAUUAAAAAAUAAGUGAAAAAUCUCUCUGUGAAAUAGAAAUGAUUGAGUAAUUAUUAACUCAUAAGGUAUUCACAGGCAGAAUAGAGACAGGAGUAGAAAUAUAACAGCUUCUCUCUGAUUGCUCACUAGACUUAAAUCUAUCACAGUGAGUGCCUGAGAUUUGUUUUAUACUAGGUGACACUAGGAGACAUGGGGACACUAGGGGACAUUGGGACUGAGACACUGGGAGACUAGGGGACUUUGGGAGACUAGGAAACACUGAGACACUGCGGACACUGGCACACUGCAGACACUGAGAGACACCAGGUACAUGGAGACAAGGGAUACUGAGAUACUAGGGACACUGGCUGGAAGACAUGGGGACACUGGGAGUGCCCCAUGUCUCCCAGGUCUCAAAGUCGCCCAGUGUCCUCAUGUCUCUCAGUGCCCCCUAGUGUCUCAGUGUCCCCAUGUCGCCCAGUGUCCCCUAGUAUUUGUAUCCCCAUGUCUCCCAGUGUCCCUUAGAGUCUGUGUCCCUAUGUCUCCCAGUGUCCCGAUGUCACUAGGACACUAGGGGACACUUAGAGACAUUGGGACACUGGGAGACAUGGGGACAAUGAGACACUGGGAGAGACAUGGGGACAUGGAGAGACAUGGGGACACUGAGAGACUAGGGACACUGAGAGACUAGGGACACAGAGACCUGGGGACACUGAGAGACAUCAGGGACACUGGGAGACAUGGGGACACUGAGACAUUGGGACACUGGGAGACAUAGGGACACUGGGGAACAUGGGGACCCUGAGACACUUAUCUAAUGCCUGUCUUGAAUAAACUUGAAGAAUUAAAAAAUAAGUGAAAAAUCUCUCUGUGAAAUAGAAAUGAUUGAGUAAUUAUUAACUCAUAAGGUAUUCACAGGCAGAAUAGAGACAGGAGUAGAAAUAUAACAGCUUCUCUCUGAUUGCUCACUAGACUUAAAUCUAUCACAGUGAGUGCCUGAGAUUUUUUUUUAUACUAGGUGACACUAGGAGACAUGGGGACACUAAGGGACAUUGGGACACUAAGACACUGGGAGACUAGGGGACUUUGGGAGACUAGGAAACACUGAGACACUGCGGACACUGGCACACUGCAGACACUGAGAGACACCAGGUACAUGGAGACAAGGGAUACUGAGAUACUAGGGACACUGGCUGGAAGACAUGGGGACACUGGGAGUGCCCCAUGUCUCCCAGGUCUCAAAGUCGCCCAGUGUCCUCAUGUCUCUCAGUGCCCCCUAGUGUCUCAGUGUCCCCUAGUAUUUGUAUCCCCUUGUCUCCCAGUGUCCCUUAGAGUCUGUGUACCUAUGUCUCCCAGUGUCCCGAUGUCACUAGGACACUUGGGGACACUUAGAGACAUUGGGACACUGGGAGACAUGGGGACAAUGAGACACUGGGAGAGACAUGGGGACACUGAGAGACUAGGGACACUGAGAGACUAGGGACACAGAGACCUGGGGACACUGAGAGACAUCAGGGACACUGGGAGACAUGGGGACACUGGCUGGGAGACGUGGGGACGCUGAGAGACUAGGGGCCACUGGGAGACAUGGAGCCACUGUGUCCCUAGUGUCUCAGGGUCCCCAUGUUCCCCAGUGUCCCUAUGUCUCCCAGUGUCCCAAUGUCUCAGUGUCCCCAAGUCUCUCAUCGUCCCCAUGUAUCGCAGGCUUGUAGCUGCUGUCUGGACUCUCUGUGCAGAGCUGCUCCCCCGCGGAUCAGUGAGUAGAGAGAGGCAGAUGCUGUAACUUCUUAUCCCUGCCUCUCUCCACACAAACAGCGACCCCUACUGGCUGGCGCUGGUAUUGCAGAAUAAUCUGUUUAUACUGAGAUAGACAUUUGUAUUGCCGGUAUUACUGCAAUACCGGCACCGGCUAGGCAGCCUCAAAUACAUGAUAAAUACUUCUGAGAAAUACCUGGCAACCAUAAGAAAUACAUGAGAAAUACCUGGGAACCCUAAUAGUAGUGUGUGUAAAAAAAAAAUAAAAAAAAAUAAAUUUUUUUUUUUUUUUUUACAUCAAUGGGCCUAUUCCAUGGGUGUGGGCCUGGAGCUGCAGCUCCAUCAGCCCCUAUGUUAAUCCGGCCCUGCAUACUUGCAACCCCUUAAGGGGAGAAUUGGUUUACCCAGGUAUGUAUCACUUUAACCCCUUAGUGACCAGAUCGUUAUUCAAUUUUCUUACCGUUAACGACAGGGCUGUUUUUACAUUUCUGCGGUUUUGUGUAUAACUUUGUAUUUUAACUUUGUAUUUGUGUAUUUUUCUCUUACUCAUUUACUGUAUCCACACAUAUUAUAUACUGUUGUUCUCGCCAUUAAAUGGUCUUUCUAAAGAUACCAUUAUUUUCAUCAUAUCAUAUUAUUUACUAUAAAAAUAAUUAUAAAAUAUGAUGAAAAAAUUUAAAAAAACACACCUUUUCUAACUUUGACCCCCCAAAUCUGUUACGCAUCUACAACCGGCAAAAAACACCUGUGCUAACUAGUUUCUAAAUUUUGUCCAGAGUUUAGAAAUGCCCAAUGAUAACAUUCUUAGCUUUUUUUGGAAAGCUACAAGUACAAGUAGCACUUUGCUAUUUCCAAACCAUUUUUUUGCAAAAUUAACGCAAGUUACAGUGUAACACUGAUAUCUGUCAGGAAUCCCUGAAUAACCCUUCACAUGUGUAUAUAUUUUUUAAAAGAAGACAACCUAAUGUAUUAAACUUGGGGUAUUUUGAUGCUUUUCAUGCAACCAUUUUACCCCCAAUCUAUGCCAAAUGUAAAAAAAAAAAAAUACCUGGUGAUUUUUUUGACACACAUAGCAAUUUAAGAAUACAUGUACAGAGAACUUUAAGGGUUAUUGCCAAAGAAUACCCCAAUACGUGUUCAGCAACAACUCCUGAGUACAAUGAUACCCACCCAUAUAUAGCUGUGUCUGGUUCUCGGGGGCUAAAAGACCUUAUUUGGAGGAUGUGCAUUCCAGUUUUCAAAACUGAAAUUUUCACAGCUGGUCAUCAUGCACCCAUGUCCUAUUUGGGACAUUUUUUAAGCCAUCCGAAAUAAUUUACCCCAUCAAUCCAUAUUUUUUUGAAAAGUAGACAUCCUGGGGUAUUUCAAAUGGUGGUAUUUUAACACUUUCCAUGCUCUAAUUCUACCACCAGUCUUUGUCAAUAUUUUGGGUAGUAAUUUUUGGGGUUAUUUUUCACACACAUUGUACUUUAGGCAUGAUUAUCAGCACCGGUUAUGUAUCACUGCCAAAGAACACCUCAAUAUUUGUUCGGCAACAUCUCCUGAGUAAAGGAGUGCACAUGUUGGCGAACCAAGCCCUUGGGAAUUGCAACCGGAAAAUAUAACAAUAAAAAAAACUAUUGAUAAUCGACCUGUCUGCUCCACAUUCUGUUGCUGUUCCAAGCCAGGCACCCUACGGUUAGAAGGUCACAAACCCAUAAAACGACAGCCAAUGUACGUGUUUUUACGUUCUUAUGAAUUUACAGUAGAAAAACCAACUAUACUACCAACAUGCUCAAAAUAACAGACCUAAACAAAGUAGGGGACCACUACGUAUUGACACUAGACCAAUCCAAAACAAAUCAAAUGGGACCGCCUGUCGACAUACAACUAUUUCCCACAGGUAACAAAUGGUGCCCAGUUCAGUUGCUCGACCACUGCAUCCGACCCGCACAGGUCAGGACAACACCGCUCCACUACUGAGCUUACAUGGUAACCCACUGACAACAUCAAAAUUCAUGAUAUACGUUAGAACUCUAUUUAUAAAAAUAGGCUGCGAUUCAGCAGCCUUCACAGGUCACUCAUUUCGCAUAGGGGCAGCAACAGCCACCUCAGGCCAAAACGUACCAGAACACAAAAUUAAAAGACUGGGACAAUGGAAAUCAUCUGCAUACAACCGGUACAUACCACAACCGGAAAAAGAACUAAGACAAGCUUUUAAAGAGUUAGCUAAUUAAGUCAAACUGUCACAUCUACAUGAUUGUUAUUACAAUUUCAUACGUAUUAAAGUUUGUAUUGUUAAAUCUCUUUUUACCCUCUUUAUUUACAGGCCCGCCCAAACGCCGGUUUCGGCACACCACAACCGACUUUAGUAAAUAUAAUGGUUAACACUUUUAGGGCUUUUUUUCCUUACCACAAAUGGGAAGGCAGAGCCUAGAGUUGUAUGAGGGAUCAGGGCCGGCCUUAGGCAAUUAGGCGCCCUGUGCAAAAAGUCUUCACGGCGCCCCCCCCCACCUCCCACCAAGUUGCCUGAAUACAGUAACACACACAGGCACCGGGGACGUGUGUAUCACGAGGCAAACAAGGCAUCUGCCUUGGGCGCCACUUUGCAGGGGGCGGCAAAAAAAAGCAUCCCUCCAAACCCCCAGGCAGAUCCCUUGCUUGCCUCGCAUCCUGGGGGGCUCAAGAGCUGACCGGCUGGCCACUUUUGAGCCCCCCCAAGGCUGGCAGCGGGCAGCGAAGGAGCAUACUCACCUGAGCUCUUCCUGCUCAGCUUCCUCUGCGCCGCUUAAUGAAGCCGGGAGCCAGAAUAUGACGUCAGUCCGGCUCCCGGCAUCACUAAGCGCUGCUUACUCAGCCUGUGCGCCCCCUGCCUGCCUGCCCAGCAGCCACACUGGACUGCUGGUAAGAAAUCCACUCCAGCUUUCCCAGGGAGGCUGGGUGGAUUUAAAAUAAAUGUAAAAAAUAUUAGUUUGUGAGUGUUAGUGGAAAUGUCUGUGUGUGUGUCUGUGAGUGUUUAUUUUGAAGUGAAUGUGUGUGUGUGUGUGUCUGUAAGUGUGUAAUUGUGUGUGUCUGUAAGUGUGUAAUUGUGUGUGUCUGUAAGUGAAUGUGUGUGUGUCUGUGAGUGAAUGUGUGUGUUGGUCAGUGAGUGUAUAUGUGUCAGUCAGUGAGUGUGUAUGUGUCGUCAGUGAGUGUGUAUGUGUCGUCAGUGAGUGUGUGUCGGUCAGUGAGUGUGUAGGUCAGUGAGUGUGUAGGUCAGUGAGUGUGUAUGUGUCGGUCAGUGAGUGUGUGUCGGUCAGUGAGUGUGUGUCAGUCAGUGUGUAUGUGUCGGUCAGUGGAGUCGUGCAUCUUUCAGUGAGUGCUUGCGUCUGUCAGUGAGAGUGUGCAUCUGUCAGUGUGUGUCCAAGUAAUAGUGUAUGUGUGUAUGUCAUUGUUUGUCAGUGUAUAUGAGAGUGUGUGUCUGUCAGUGAGUGUGCGUCUGUCAGUGAGUGAGCGUCUGUCAGUCAAAGUGCGGCCUUGACAGGAAGGGGUGGGGGAAAUUUAAACUCGGUUACAGGCAUGUACACACACACUCAGUUAAAGGCAGUCACACAUACAGGCACAGGCACAAACAAUGGCACAGCUACAGCGACACACACACACACAGACAGUCACAUAGGCAGUCACACACACAGACAGACACACAGUAACACACACAUAGACAGUUAUACACACACAGGCAGGCAGUCACACAGAUAGAAAGUCACACACACAGGCAGGCAGUCACACACAGACAGAUAGUUACAGACAGACACACACAGGCAGGCAGGCAGUCACAUACAGGCAGUCACACACACAGGCAGUCACACACACAGGCAGUCACACAGACAGACAGUCACACAGACAGACAGUCACACAGACAGACAGUCACACACACAGGCAGUCACAUACAUGGGCAGUCACAUACAUGGGCAGUCACAUACAUGGGCAGUCACACAGACAGACAGUCACACAGACAGACAGUCACACACAGGCAGGCAGUCACACACAGAGACAGUCACACACACACACACAGAGACAGACAGUCACACACACACACACACACACACACAAGGACAGGCAGUCACACAGUCACACACACACACAGACAAACACACGCACACAGGCAGGCAGUCACACAGACAGACAGUCACACAAACAGGCAAACAGUCACACACACACACUUACCUCUUUCCAGUGGAUGCAGUUGGCUGAUGGGAAGCAUCUUUCCCUCUUCCUGUACAGCAGGGGCUUCGGGAGGUAUUAGCCCCGUCUCCGCCUCUCGAUAAGCCCCGCCUCCGCCGCUCGGUAAACCCCGCCCCCUCUGCCGCGAUUUUUUUUUUUUUUUUUAAAUAGAUCCCGGUGGAGAAUAAUUAAUCCUCCAGCCAGGUACCUCUUUUAGCUCCCCUGCACUCCGGCCAUGAGUGAGCUGUGUCGGCCACAGGGCGCCCCCUGUUCCAUGGCGCCCUGUGCGGUCGCACAGCUCGCACACCCCUAAGGCCGGCCCUGUGAGGGAUUGAUCAAAACAAAAUGGUACGAAAACUGGUAUUUGCGCAAUGUCUGUUCAACCGUAAUUCACCUCUUUCAUAUUAAGUGCACCUAAACUUAUUAUAUAUAAUUUUGUUCAGGAGAAACUGGGCUUUAAUUUCUCAUGAACUAUUCAUAUUUGAAACAUAAUUUAUUAUGAAUAAAAUUAAAAAAACUGUGAGAAAUUAAGAUUUUUUGAAGAUUUUUUGUCAUUUUAGCUGUAAAUGUCAUAAUACCGUUAGCAUUAACUGCAAAAAAACUCAUAUUUGGAUUCAGCAAAGUCUCACGAGUACAACAGUACCCCCCAUUAACAUUUUUUACGGUGUUUUGGAAAGUUAAAGGGUAAAAUGUUGCACAUUCCAUAUUUCAUUUUUUUCAAAUUCAAAUUUGCCAGGUUGGUUAUGUUGCCUUUGAGACCGUGUGGUAGCCCAGGAAUGAGAUUUACCCCCAUGAUGGCAUACCAUUUGCAAAAGUAGACAACCCAAAGUAUUGCAAGUGGGUUAUGUCCAGUCUUUUAUAGUAGCCACUUAGUCACAAACACUGGCCAAAGUUAGCGUUCAUAUUUGUUUUUGUGUGAAAAAAGCAAAAAAACUAAUAUUUGGCCAGUGUUUGUGACUGAGUGGCUACUAAAAAUGACUGGACAUACCCCAUUUGCAAUAACUUGGGUUGUCUACUUUUUCAGAUGGUAUGCCAUCAUGGGGGUAAUUCUCAUUCCUGGGCUACCACACGGUCUCAAAUGCAACGUAACCAAUCUGGCAAAUUACAAUUGUGAAAAAAAUGAAAUGCAAGCCUUAUAUUUGACUCUCUAACUUUCCAAAACACCAUAAAACCUGUGCAACCUUAUACUUGGGAGACUUCACUGAACAAAAACAUAAGUGUUUCAAAGCAGUACAACAUAUUACAACAAUAAUAUUGUCAGUAAAAGUGCAGUUCGUGUGUGAAAAAUGCAAAAAACUUAACUUUUACUAAAUAUAUCAUCGUUGUAAUACAAUUUAUCAUUUUGAAACACUAAUACUUAUGUUCAGCGAAGUCUCCCGAGUAAAACAGUACCCCAAUUGUACAGGUUUUAUGGUGUCUUGGAAAGUUACAGGGUUAAAUAUAGCGCGUGCAAAUUUAAUUCUCUGCACUUGCUGCCUGGGUUGUCAGGCACGUCAAUCAAAUUUUAAUUAAUUAAAUCCCAUAAUUAUGUUAAAAUAUUACUUAAGCAUACACAUAGAAUUUUUAAAUAUAUACAUAUAUAUGUAUUUAAAUUCUACGUGUAUACUUAUGUAGUUAUUUAUGUAAUUAUAUAUAUUUAUCUAUAUAUAAAUAUUUGCAGUUAUUUGUAUUUUAUAUAUAGAUAUAUAUAUGUCAUUCCAAGUGUAUUUAGUUACCGAUAUAUAUAUAUAUAUUAAUAACAAAAUACAGUUAGAAUGAGAUUACGUAAGUAUAUAUAAUUUAUUUAAAUUUUUUUUAAAAAUAUUUUAUUUAUUUAAUUAUUUUAUUUAUUUACUACUGUAUUUAUACAUAUAUAUAUAUAAACAUAAAAUAUAUAUAUGUAUUAUAUAUACAAUAUAUAUAUCUUAUAUAUAUGUAACGUCAUUCUAAGUGUAUUUUAAGAUUAAUAUAUAUGCUUAUAUUAACAUUAAAAUACAUUACGUAUCACGUUACAUAUUUAUAAGAUGAAUAUAUAUUAGAUAUAUAAUAUAUACAUUUUUAUAUAUAUAUAUAUAUAUAUAUAUAUAUAUAUUUAUUUGUGUUAGGUGCUUAUGAUAGUACAGUGUGAAAUACCAUAAAUAAAUGUAGGAUAGUAAAAAGAGCAAGUCGGUUGUGGUGUGCCGGAACCGACGAUGAGAUAGGCCUGAGAAAAAAGAGGGCCUAACCAGGGAAAGAAAUUAGAAAAUAAAUGUUAAAAUGUGGUGUGGUGGGAGGGUCAUUCAACGCUGUCCUCGAAGGGUAAGGAGCCAGGUAAGGGGAGUGCCUUAAGUAGGCUAGGGGUAGCAAACCAGCACCUCCCACAUAUCCAGGCAAAUUGCCUUAAUACUUGUGUUAGGUGCUUAUGAUAGUACAGUGUGAAAUACCAUAAAUAAAUGUAGGAUAGUAAAAAGAGCAAGUCGGUUGUGGUGUGCCGGAACCGACGAUGAGGUAGGCCUGAGAAAGAAGAGGGCAAAAAUUAAGUAAUCAAAUUUAUUACAGACAACCAAUACAUAUACAUUUUAUCAACCAGACAUGUUUUUGAAAGCAUCCAUUAAUUCUUGUACUGGGUUCGGUAUGUACCGUUAGUAAGCAGAUGACUUCCAGCGCCCCAGUGUUUUGAUAACAUGAGUUGGGAUGUUGACACUGGAGGCUGUGGACGCGGCUCCUAUACGAAAGGAGUGCCCUGAGUAUUUGUCUGCGUUGAGGCCCAGUUGUAUGAGCAAGGACCUGACGUAGGUCAUGAAGGUUGUAGUGGUGAGUACUGCACCUUGUAGCUGUAGUAAUGGUUGUGAGGGCAGUAAGUUAUGAUGCUGCAUUCAACGCUGACCUCGAACGGUAAGGAGCCAGGUAAGGGGAGUGCCUUAAGUAGGCUAGGGGUAGCAAACCAGCACCUCCCACAAAUCCAGGCAAAUUGCCUUAAUACAUAUAUAUAUAUAUACACACACACACACACACACAUUUAUUUUAUUUUAACAGGUUUAAUUAUUUUUUUUUAUACUUCCCACCAGCAGGGGGACUGUCUGACAGCACAGACAGUCCCCCUGCAGGCAGAUCCACAGCCACCUAUAGGGGGACAUGUGAUCGCUCUUUGAGAGCGAUCACAUGGCCCCCGGGGGCCUCAUUUGCCGGGGGGGGGGGGUUUUCAGGCAGUCCUCCCGAAGAGGAUCGCAGCGGAGGUGAGUACCUCCGAGCUCCUGGGGCUGAAAGCCGUUACGGCGUUCUAUGCCGCCGCAACGGCUUUAAAGCCCAUUUAAUGUGGGACGGCAUAGAACGCCGUAACGGCGUUAAGGGGUUAAAUAAUGCAGUGUGUAUAUGUUUACUUAUGUUUUUGCAAAAGAAUUUCUGACAAUAGCAAUCAUUAUUUCAUUUUUUUUAUAUAUAUAUUUUUUCUCUUUAUAUGGUACAAUAACUAAAUGCAUAUUUCACUUUUAAAUUCUUUAUGCAAACAUUAAUUUUCAGUUGUUUUACAUAAAUAUCUGCCAGUUUGGCCCAAUGGGCUUUUUGUCUGGCCUGCGUUGUGAUAAUAUAUACUUGUCUUUGUGAUUUCAUGAUGUACAAGUGCUUUGUACUUUUACGUCAUGCAGCACUUUGCGUCAAUGCCCCGAUCUUGUGUGCUAUUCUUUUUGGGACUGUUAUUCUUCUGUUUGCGUCAUCAGAUGCAUAUGCACUAUACACCUUGACUUUUUUGCCACACUUGUGCUCUAUCUGUGGGCACGACUGACAUUACUGCGCAAUUCAGCGCUGAUCUUGUUGUGGUCAUUUGGCUUCAGCUGCAGACCAUUCGGAUAAUUGAGCGAGUAUCUGCGAUUUAGUUUUAAUUAUUGCUAAUUAUAUCUUCUAUAUAUACUGUUUGUAUACACUGGUGUGUUCGCUUGAUAAAGAUCUCAUUUAAAGUUAAAACAUUGCUGUGGUCACGUUGUACAGAGAAACUUCAAGAAAUCUGAACUCUUACUACCCAUGAGUGCCUGGCUCACAUUGCAUUUUCUAUUUUUGUAUGCCAGCCUCAGGUCCGAAUUUGCACCUUGGAUUAUCACUCAAUAAGAGUGCAGGCUCUCUAUAUUUUUUAUUUUAUUAGAUCUCCUCUAAAGUGGAAAAAAAAUAGCCUAUAUAAAAAAAAUUAAAGUAUUUCCUCGAGACCAGUCUUUCAUUCACUGUGGAGGAAUUUUAGCCUACUCUCGGAAUUUAUGUAAUUUCGUAACACUGUUGAGUUUUGGAGCAUGACUGCUCAUUUAGUUUCCCACUACUCUAUUCUCACACCGUCACACUACCACUAGGGUUUUCAAGGGGUCAUGAUUUGAGUGCUGGGAGAGUUUAGGUUUUUUGUCAGUAUCCUCAAAAUUCUUUAUGAUGGACUCAAAGACUCAUUGCAACCUAACAAUUUCAAUAAAUGUCAGUAGUCAUGUUGCUUAAAGUAUCCCUUUAACUACUUGUAAUUGGCAUAAUAAAGGAGAUUUAUACAGCGAUGUUUAUGAAACCCUAUGAUAGCCAAAUAUAUUUAUUAAUUUCAGCACUGUGUAUUCAGGUAUUCAGUUUACUUUCUGAUGCAGAUAAGCUGCAGCCAAAACAAUGAGACGUGAAGGUGAAUUGAGAACGUAUAUUGUUCUUGGCUGUCAAGUGUCCUUAGAUCUGUUCUUUCUUUACUAUCAGUCAAUAUCUCUUAUCAUAUGAGUUUUGGAAGACGAAAUGGAAAUCUACUGGCGUCAAAUCAGGGGUAUGAUUGGUAGACAUGUUAGAGGGUGGAGAAAUGGGGGGGGGGAAACCCGGCCUUAAAAGUCAGGACAAUUUGCAGGCCUGGAAUCUUUCUGCCAAGCAAAGAGAAUCGGGAACAUGAAGUGGGUCGUGUUUAUCUGUAUCUGUCUCCAGUUAGCAGAGGGGCUCGUGGUGAGGUAAGCAUUACCAAUGGGCCUCUUUCUCUCUACACAAAUGUGAGACAUAAAUCACAAGCUUAACAACAACUGUGUCUUGUAGUAAUAUUGUUAUACAUGGUGAGUCAAAAGUCCUGAAAUGUCCCACCUGAAAGAUGCUUAUUGUUAGAUAAAUAGAUGUCAGCUUUUAAAUGAACCCUAUAAGCACCAAAAUUAGCCAAUUAAAUGGUUUUAGUGCAUUGCAGUCUCACUGCCUAUUACAUCCCUUCAAGAUGGCAGAGGAUUAGGGUAACAUAUGUCAUAUGUACAUGUAUUGGUCUUUUACAUAAUGGUAAUGAGGAUAUUAAUGCAACAUUAACCCUUAGUGAAUUAGUUUUUUUCUCAGACUCCAUGCUUUUCACAACCGGAAUUUCACACUUUAUCACUAAGCGCACCAACAUAUGAUAUACAUAUUUAUUUAUUUUUAAUUCUUUAUUUUUGAUAUGCAGGUAAGUACAACAGUGCCUGUAUCGCCACAACGGCGUCAGCAGGCUUGAUUUCCAUGUUCAUAACAUAACAGUGUUGUGGCAUGUUGGGUUUGCAUGUAUUUCUUUUUAAAACAAGCGUGUGAGUAUUAAUAGACAUGCUUAGAAAGUAUAUUACUAAAUCAGGCUCAACAAUUGAACUUAGUAUACGCUGGUACAAUAGAGUUGUAUUUUAAGACGAUUUGCCCUGCCUAGUCAGCUAGGUGAGAAACAUUUAGUCUACAGUGACAUACAGGCUGUACCCUGCCAGCCAAUGCCGGUAUAGGGAAGCCACACAAGGUGAAACUGGCUCAGCGGUGCAAUCCACAACACCAGCAGUGUUUGAAGGGUGUAUUGCUAUGUAAUUGACAGGCUAUUCUUAUGCAUGAAUUGAGUUAGCAGAGUGGGAAACUCCUGUUUAACAUUGAUUUAGUAUAUAAGCUAGUGUAUCUGCAAAGGGCUAAUAACAAUUCUGUUCCCUCGCUAUACUGGUCUCAACAGCAAGAUUAAUUAAAAAUAGAAAUAAAGACAACAGUAAUUAGCAUCAUGUUUAGUCCUGUAGUGUGUAUAGGCUGCAAAUGAGAAGAACGCUUUGCGAUAUACCCAGUGUUGUCAUUUAGAGUCCGUGAUGGGAUGGGGGCAUAGUCCGCAUUUGACCUGUAUGAGAUGUCUGAGACCGGGUAUUCAUCAGUAGCGAGAGUUUGUAACAGUCCAGGCCAGAAAUACCUUUGGGGCAGCGUGGUGGGCAGUUCAGCCUAUGCCCAGCGUUGGUAACUCCAGUGCGUUGAGACUGCUAGUCCCGUCAGUGCGGCUGUAGGGCCCGGUGACUCCUCCUCAGGGGUCUGAUCUGGUGGUGCCCCCCAUGUUGUGGAUCCGCGUGGCUACGUGCAAUGUGGCUUUGAGUGGGGAGAUGUGCUUCAUGUCGCGCUGGUUGCCGGGGUUCCGGUCGGGCGGGAGAUGUGUGUGCGUCGCUUGGUUCGAAUUCCUGGCUCUUCUUGUGUGUUGGUAGGGGCUUGUGCCUUAAGGGUUUGGUGCCAUGCCCCGUCUCAGGGCCCGGCGAUGUCUGUUUUGCCGAGCGGCCAUCUUGGAGGCUCGUGGUACCUGAGUGUAGUGGCUGCGCUUCGCUGCUGGACGUAUCCACGAGGUCACCAUUAAGUAAGCUUGUCGAUGGGUUGCCCCCCUGCUGUAUAGUGCCUCCUUGAGGCCUGUGCAGAGCCGGUCAAAGAGUUCCAUAGGGGACACGUGUGCCUUAGUAUGGGUGCUCCGCUUUCCAGGCGUAUGCUGGUCGGCCAUUUUGGCCAGACUUUGUGGGUCUGUUGCCCUGUUGUGCUCUGUUACCCUUCUGCUUGUUUUCCCAUCAGGUCUGUGUGUCCUGUGGGGACCGGGAUAUCCCCCACCGGUCCAGAGGUCGCAUGUUGACUUUUGUGCCGAGGAGAGCGGCCGCCUCCCCUCUGCUGCAGCACUAGUAGGCCACAUUUGGAUCUCCACAAUCCCUGCUCUGAUCAGUCCCGGGGUGUUGUCAGUGGGUUCAGUGGGGCACCCCCAACGUGGGUGGUGCACCCUUGGGUGAGUGUUGGCUUGGCAGCUGUCGAUUUUACCCCCGAUUCCGCCCGCCGGGCUGGAGCUCGUGCUAGUUGCGUCUGCACGGCUUGGUGGUCAGACUCAUCCCCAUACAUAGAUAGGGCUUUCGUUUGAUACACUAUAUGUAUACAAAACACAACAUUAAAGGAACACUAUAGGGUCAGGAACACUUACAUGUAUUCCUGGCCCUAUAGUGUUAAAACCACCAUCUAGCCCCCCUGCCUCCCUAAAUAUAGUAAAAUGUUACUUGUAUUCAAGUCUUCAGCUACUGCCUCUGCCCCAGAUCUGCCUGCUUAGAGCUGAAAUUAUCAGAAGUGAUUCUGUUAGCCAAUCACAAUGCUUUCCUAUAGGAUUGGCUGAGGCUGUCAGGGGCAGAGCCAGCACAAGUUAAACACAGACCUGGCCAAUCAGCAUCUACUCAUUUAUUGAAUCAAUGUAUCUCUAAGAGGAAAGUUCAGUGUCUGCAUUCAGAGAGUGGAGACACUAAAUGACAGUGCUGCACACUGUGCACCACAGCCCUAGGAAGCACCCCUAGUAGCCAUCUGAGGAGUGGCCAGUGGAGUUCUUACUAGGCUGUAAUGUAAACACUACAUUUUCUCUGAAAAGACAGUGUUUACUGCAAAAAGCCUGAAGAGAAUGGUUUUACUCACCAGGAAAAAUACAAUACGUUGUAGUUGUUCUGGUGACUAUAGUGUCCCUUUAAGAAUGAAUAAAGUAUAACAGAAUGGGGUGAAGAUAAUCACACUUUUUACUUGCAAGUUUUUCUAUAUAGUUAAAGAAAAAUAGCUCAAAUAGAUUUUCUUAUUAGCCCUGAUUGUGGGAAUCUUUUAUAUGUCUAAGAUGCCAAUCAUCUUUUUUUUAUUUAUAACACAAUAAUUACAAGAAGGGAAAAAAGAUUUACAGCUAAACAUUUGCACAAUUUGUAUGUUGAGCCUACAAAUUGCCAAUGUAAAAUCAUGCAAUCAGUUCAUGAAUAAAAUCUGCCAAAACCUCUGGUUAUACUUCAACCGUCAUUAAUUUUUUUAAAAUAUGAAUACUGUAAUCCUGAUAUGGGCUGAUGUAGAAACACAGAUCCAUGCUUAAAGUAUCUCACUACCCUCACAAUUGCAAUUUCAGUAUUUAACAUUACAGUAAAAAUAAAACAUUAUUAUUAUUAUUGGGAUAGGUACAGCUCCAACUUUUUCCACAGCGAUUUACAAUAUUAUAUCCUUGUUUAGGAUUAAUUCCAAUAGGAACAACAAGCUACUCGAACGAGCUUGCAAUCUAUUAACUCCCAUCAAAUUUCAGAAUUCAGCCUUACAUUUUUGAAAUUCAAAGUUUCAUUGAUAUUGGGAAUAGGAUACAGAAAACAAAACCGGGGAAAAGGGGAAGGUUAAUAAAGCAUAAUUUGAAGAUCUAAAAGCAGUUUUGACCGGUUGAAUUGCAACAUUUCUUCACGAAUUUCUUUGAAAUUUAACAGAAAUAUGUUUUUUACACUUUGCAAUUUUGUGGUGACUAUCACAGAGCUGAUGUGCCAAGAUUUGUAUUCUGCUAUAUUACACAAGUAAAUUAAUACUCCAUGCAUACAAGUUUUGCAGAAAUUCAUAGAGAAAAAUUAUAGAAUGGGUCCACGUUUUGAUUGACUGAAAUAUUUAACUUUCUUCUGCCAUUUUAUGUUGUUUUUUUCAUUAUAAAAUUGUCACACAUAUAUUGCAUUUUAAUUGUUAAUUUUAUAAAAGCUGACAUGUUCUACUGUAAGACUCCAAUUUUAUUGGAACUAAAGAGUCAAUUAGAGAUAUGCGCUAAUUUUGAAAUGCCUCUUAGUUUGCUUUCACAAGCUGAUUAACCCCUUAAGGACUGGACUGUUUUUGCGAUGUUGUACAUUUGCAACCAGGCAUAUUUUUACACUUUUGUGGUGUUUGGCUGUAAUUUUCCGCUCUCUCAUUUACUGUUCCCAUACAAAUUAUAUAUUGUUUUUUUCAGGACAAAAGGGGCUUUCUUUACAUACCAUUAUUUAUAUAAUCUCAUGAAUUUUAAUUUUAAAAAAAAUAAUAAAAUAUGAUGAAAAAUUGAAAAAAAUACAUGUUUUUUGACUUUUACUUGAAAAAUCUUUUACUCAUCUGCAAAAGCGAAUGAAAAAAAUUGCUAAAUAGAUUCAAAAUUUUGUCCUGAGUUUAAAAAUACCCAGUGUUUAUGAGCUUUUUUGCUUUUUUUUUGCAUGUUAUAGGGCUAUAGGUACAAGUAGGAUAUUGCGGUUUCAAAACAAACAUUUUUAAAAUUUAUCAAUAGUGACAUUGUAACACUAUUAUCUGUCAUAAAUCACUGAAUAACACCCCACAUGUACAUAUUUUUUUUAAAGUAGACAACCCAGUGUAUUUAAUAUGGGAUAUGUCCAGUCUUUUUUAGUAGCCACUUAGUCGAAAACACUGGCCAAAGUAAGCAUUCAUAUUUGUUUGUGUGUGAAAAAAGUAAAAAAACUAAAUUGAACGCUAAUUUUGGCCAGUGUUUGUGACUAAGUAGUUACUAAAAAAGACUGGACAUACCCCAUUUGCAAUACCUUGGGUUGUCUUCUUUUGCAAAUGGUAUGCCAUAAUGGGGGUAAUUCUCAUUCCUGGGCUACCAUAUGCUCUAAAGGGGACGUAACCAACCUGGCCAUUUUCAAUGUAAAAAUAUUUGAACCAUAUAUUUGACCCUGUAACUUUCAAAAAUGCUAUAAAACCUGUACAUGGGGGGGUACUGUUUUACUUGGGAGACAUCGCUGAACACAAAUAUUAUUUAAAAACUGGAAAACGUAUCACAACAAUUAUAUCAUCAGUAAAAGUGCUGUUUGUGUGUGAAAAAUGCAAAAAAAGUAACUUUUACUGACAAUAUCAUCGCUGUGAUAUGUUUUACUGUUUUGAAUCACUAAUAUUUGUGUUCAGCGAAGUCUCCCGAGUAAAACAGUACCCCCCAUGUACAGGUUUUAGGGUGUCGUAGAACGUUACAGGGUAAAAUACAGUGCUAGCAAAUUAAAUUCUCUGGAAUUUCGGCCUGGGUUGGCAGGCAGGUCCCUCAAAUUGCAAUCAAUAAAAUUACUGAAUUAUGUAAAAAUAUUACAUAAAUACGCACGUAGAAUUUAAAUAUAUAUGCAUAUUUAUAUAUUUGAAGUCUACGUGUAUAUUUAUAUAAUUAUUUAUGUAAUUUUGUAUAUGGACAUAUGUAUAUUUUGUAUUAUUUUUAUUUAUUUAUAUAUACAUAGAUAUAUAUACAAAUUCAUUCUAAGUGUAUUUUGAUAUAAAUAUACAUAUAUUAAUUUUAAAAUACAGUUAGAAUAAAAUUUCAUAUAGAUAUAUAAUUUUUUUUCAAUUUUUAUUAUUUAAAAAAAUGUAAUUUAAUUUAAAUUACUUAUUAUUUAUAUUUUAUAAUAUAUAUAUACAAUAUAUAUAGUUAUUAUAUAUAUUAUAUAUAUAAGUGUGUAAUUUAAUUAUAAGUGUAUUUUUAUAUUAAUAUAUGUACAUAUUAAUAUAAAAAUACCCUUAGUAUGACAUUCUAUAUAUGAUAUAUAGACAUAUAUUAUAUAGAUAUAUGUCUAUAUAUCAUAUAUAUAUAUAUAUAUAUACACAUAUAGAAUUUUUUUUUUUUUUAUUAACACUAACUUUAUUUAUUUUUUUGAUUUUACACAUGCAGGGAGACUGCCUGUCAGCACAGGCAGUCCCCCUGCAGGCAGACACAUGGACACCCAUUGUGACCAUGUGAUCGCUGUGUUAAGCGAUCACAUGGCCACAGGGGUCCUAAUCCGGUGUGGGGAGACUGUCUGUGCUGCAGGCAGUCCCCCCACACCGGGAGCACCGCUGAUCGCCGCCGGGGGAACGACGGCGAUCAGGUAAGUCACGAGGACCGUUAGGACAGUUCAGGACCGUCAGUGGUCGGCAAUGGGAAAAUGCCGAUGACGGUCCUGAACCGUCCUCGGUCCUUAAGGGGUUAAAUUACACUUUUAUCAUCAAACAAUUGAUGCAAUGUCAGUGACAUCAUAACAUUUGCCUAAAUAUAACUUACCUUUUUACCAUUAAAACAUUAAUCUGCCAAUAUCUCCUAAAUAAGGUCCCAAACUAACUAAACACAUACGAAUAUAUUGCUAGCCCUAACUGUCGUGCCCAGCAGUCAUGAUUCAUUGUUGCACUGUAGAAAUAAUGUUAAUAAAUGUGAUUUGUAUAAUAGAUCCAUGAAAUGGUUAAUUAAUAGGAGUGGUAUAGGGGCUGUGUCCCUCUGGAAAGGUGUGAUAUUUUACACCCAAAAGAUAUUGUGUACUUUAACCCACUCCUACAGGCUACACGCAUUUGUCUGGUAAAGAAUCACUUAUAUUAUUUUUAGUUGCAUAGACUUAUUGCUAAAUUGUGUUUUGUGGGUUUUAAAAUCUGAUGAGCUAGUGUAACCUAAAGUGCCCCAUUUCUAAAUUGCCCUGGUGGUGGCAGCUUUUAAUACUGGUGUUAGGUGUGGAGGGUGUUAAAAGAGAGUUUUUUUUUACCAUUCAUUUGGUUCUAGUGCAGAUAAAUAGUAAUUUUUGUAACCCUUUCACCCACCAAAGCAAAACACAGGCAUACUUGGAGUAAUGGUGUCUGUGACACCAAAUCUGAUUGUAACUCUAGUUCUAAACUUAACACUAAACCUAAAUCUGAACCUAUCAUUUUAACCCUAGCUGUAACCCUAACCUUACAUGUGGGCUUAACCAUGACUUUAAACUAGACUUGAAGUUUGUCUGGAAUUUGUCUGACUUGGCAAUACAGAAGCAUCCGAAUUUCCCAAGUCCCGUAACACAAAAAGUAAACAAAAUUUAAUGAAUUUGUUUCAGAUCCAUUCAUUUUGAUAAGGAUAGUAAAUUAGGGAGUUAUCUACAACUGAAAGAGCAAAAUUUAAAAAAGGGCUUGGUAUCCCUUGGUAUACUUAAAUAUGGCAAUCUUUCAUAAGGCCUUUUAAUUUUGAUCACUGCAGCUGUAAGCCCCAAGUCACCAUACAUCCCGGCAAGAAGGCCUUUUAAUUUUGAUCACUGCAGCUGUAAGCCCCAAGUCACCAUACAUCCCGGCAAGAAGGCCUUUUAAUUUUGAUCACUGCAGCUGUAAGGUACGGUCUGAGAUGGAGAAGAUAUUCAACCAGAUUUCUUUCAUUUUGUUGCUAGAUUUUUACUUUACUAUAAUGAUAUUAUUAUUAUGAUAUUUAUAGAGCACAGUCAAAUUCCGCAGCGCUCUACAAUGCGUGGAACAGACAUGUAGUUGUAACCAGACAAGUUGGACACACAGGAACAGAGGGGUUGAGUGCCCCCACCACUCUUAGCUGUAAAUGCCUUUUAAGUAACUGUUUUAUCUCUCUUCCUUAGCCCCUAGUCACCAUACAUCCCUGCAAGAAGGCCUUUUAAUUUUUCUCGGCUCUACCCACCAUGGUUCCUUCUAACUAUAUAGCAUGCUCUUCCAGCUGUUUGGAACCAUAGCCAAUCACUUCCUCAUUUCCUUCACAUGCUAUCAGCUGCUGCAGUUAUACUAUUAACUCUCUCUGCUACCUCUUGUCUCAUCUCCCCAGUUUAACCUUUAGAUUGUAAGCUCACGGGCAGGGUCCUCUACCUGUUGUAUCGGUCUGUUAUUAUUGUGUUUGUCUUUUUCCCAAUUGUACAGCGCUGCGGAAUUUGUUGACGCUUUAUAAAUGCCAGUAAUAAUAAUAAUAAUAAGGAUAGCAAAUUAGGGAGUUAUCUACUAAGCAGCUGAAAUAUCAACAUUAAAGGACCACUGUAGGCACACAGACCACUUCAGCUCAAUGAAGUGGUCUGGGUGCCAGGUCCCCCUAGUCUUAACCCUGCAGCUGUAAACAUAGCAGUUUCAGAGAAACUGAUAUGUUUUCUUUGAGGGUUAAUCCAGCCUCUAGUGGCUUUCUCCUUGAAAGCCACUAGAGGCUGCUUCCGCGAUUCUCAAUAAGAAAAUCGCAUUGAACUCACGCAGCAUGAGUUCAGAUCCCCAUAGGAAAGCAUUACUCAAUUUGAAUGCACGCUCGGCUCUGGCGGGGGAGGAGAGGUCACCAGUGCCGAGGAAGCCGGGCGCUGGAUUAAGGUAAGUAGCUGAAGGGGUUUUAACCCCUUCAGCCCAGCGGGAGGGGAGGGGACCGAAUAGUGGUAACUCCCUGAAGUGGUACCCUUAUGUGGGAUUUCCAUAUUUAGUGAUACCAAAUUAGGGACAUGUUUAGCAAAUAGGUUCCUUAUUUCGUAUAUUUACAUAUGGCAAUCUUACAUAAUGAUAGCAAACUAUGGAGUUAUCUACUAAACAGAUGUACAAUCAAAAUUAAAAGAAAUUGCUUUUCUAAAUUCUGAUCUUUUAGCAGUUUAGUAAAAAAUUCCCUAAAUUGGUGCUUUGUAAUUUUUUUGACUGCCACCUUUAUUUGUUCCCCAUAGGAAAUAAUGGGUGUCCAAAUUUCAAGAGAAAUGUGAAAAUUUAAGAAUGAAAACAAAAUGUUCCCAGUGCGUAUCUCUACUUUAAACUGAGUGAUUGUGAGAGCCAGUCACAGUAAUUGCGUGCCAGUUACCUGUGGGCACUGUGAUUAUCUUCCAUUGCGUUCACAGGUCCAGGGGGGUAACUGGUGCGCUUUUGUAGAACUACCUCACUAUUGCAGCAACAGCCUUGUACCAGCUAGAGGUUUGGUCCAGUCAUGUAGCAUGUAAAGUGUCUUGAAAAUGGAGCACUCUUAAAGACUACUUGCACCAUAACCACUGAGCUAUACUGGUUAUGCAGUUUAUGAGUGUUCCAGGAACAUGAGUUACAUAGUUACAUAGCUAAAAAGAGACUUGCAUCCAUCAAGUUCAGCCUUCCUCACAUUUGUAUUUUGCUGUUGAUCCAAAAGAAGGCAAAAAAAAAAAAAAAGCUUUGAAGCGCUUCCAAUUUUGCAACAAACUAGGAAAAAAAUUCCUUCUUGACCCCAGAAUGGCAGUCAGAUUUAUCCUUGGAUCAAGCAGCUAUUACCCUACAUUGAAAAAUUAUAUCCUUGAAUAUUCUGUUUUUGCAAGUAUACAUCUAGUUGAUGUUUGAACAUCUGUAUGGACUCUGAUAAAACCACUUCUUCAGGCAGAGAAUUUCACAUCCUUAUUGUUCUUACAGUAAAAAAACCUUUCCUUUGCCUUAGACAAAAUCUUCUUUCUUCCAGUCUAAACGCAUGACCUUGUGUCCUAUGUAAAGUCCGGUUUGUGAAUAGAUUUCCACACAAUGGUUUGUAUUGACCCUGAAUAUAUAUUUGUAUAAUGUUAUCAUAUCCCCUCUCAGGCGAUGUUUUUCUAAACUAAAGAGGUUUACAUUUGUUAACCUUUCUUCAUAGCUGAUAUCUUCCAUUCCUUUUAUUCAUUUUGUAGCCCGCCUCUGCUCUUUUUCUAGUGCCAUAAUAUCCUUCUUUAGAACAGGUGCCCAAAAUUGCACAGCAUAUUCAAUAUGUGAUCUUACCAGUGAUUUAUAAAGAGGCAAAAUGAUAUUCUCAUCCCGAGAAUGAAUGUCCUUCUUCAUGCAUGGCAAUACCUUAGCCACUGCUGAUUGACAUUGCACAUUGUUGCAUAGUUUGUUGUCUAUAACAGUCCCCAAGUCCUUUUCGUUUGUUGUUAUCCCUAAUUCGCUUCCAUUAAGGGUAUACGUUGCUUAGGCAUUCUUUACGCCAAAGUGCAUAACUUUUCAUUUUUCAACAUUAAAUUUCAUCUUCCAUUUGAGUGCCCAGUCCCCCAGUCUAAAUUCCUCUGCAGCAAAGUAAUAUCUUGCUCACAUUGUAUUAUUUUACAGAGUUUUGUGUCAUCUGCAAACACUGAAACAUGACUUUCAAUGCUAUUUUCAAGAUCAUUUAUUAUUAUUAUUUUAUUAUUUAUAUAGCGCCAUCAGAUUCCGUAGAGCUGUACAAACAUGCUAAAUAGAAGGGGUCCAAGAACAGAACCCUGAGGGACACCACUUACCACCUCUGUCCAGCUUGAAAAUUUACCAUUAAUGACAACUCUUUGUACUCUGUUUUUAAGCCAAUGUUCUACCCAAGAACAAGCAUUUUCAUCUAGACCGAUUUCCUUGAGUUUGAACAGGAAUGAGUGGUUCCUGAUGUUUGACUCACCAAGUAUAAUUCAUGUCUGGCUUUUAUCUGAAAAUAUCCAUCAAAGGGUCCAACAUUAUUUGAAUAUUGCAGUACUUCAACUACGCAUCAGUAAUCUUUUAGAAACAGAAACUGAUACUACACAAUAACAGAUUGCACAAUCGCAGAAAAAAAUGAUAAGUCUUCUAUAUAUAGUAAGAUAUUUUGAAAACUGUGUUCUAGUGUGAUAAAAAUACUAUGCAGCUCUAGUGUUCAAAUAUAUUUGCAUGUAACCCAAAAUAAACUUGGUGGGAGGUGCUCUCUUGCUAUAUUAAACAAUUCUCGAUGUGAUGAAUCAACUUUUAUGACAUUAUUUAUUGAAAUUUAUACCAGUCAUAACCUCAAAAGAGCAGUGUCCCAAAAUUCUAGCAUGACACCAUGUCUCGAACUAUAUUGCAAGGUUUAAAAAAGUAAAGCUCUACUAAUUUCAUCAGUAUAUGAAGUGCUGUGUUAGUGCCAUAAGCAUAAAUAAUAAUUGUACUACUUAUAACUACAAUACCAUUUCUCACUCAGAGUCCCUCUAAAGAAAUACAAGUCUGCCAGGGAGAACAUGCGGGAGAAAGGAGUCUUGAAGGAAUUUAUGAAGACACACAAGAGAGACCCAGCCCUAAAAUAUGGCUUUAACCAAAAGAACGAUUUUGCUGUGGCCUACGAACCUAUGUAUAUGGAUGUGAGUCAUACAUGAACGAUUGCACAUGCACAUCAGCAUAAACAUUGCAGAGAAACCCUAACCAAUGUAUCAUACUUAUAUUUUCUUUUCAAAUGUUUUUUUUUAUUUAAUUUUUUUUAAUUCAUUUGUACAAUAUAAAAAAACAUGUUGAUAAUAUUCUUAUAUUUUCUAGACAUAUUACUAUGGCGAGAUCAGUAUUGGAACACCACCUCAAAACUUCUUGGUUCUAUUUGAUACUGGCUCCUCUAACUUGUGGGUACCUUCCACAAACUGCCAGAGCCAGGCCUGUAGUAAGUAUUAAUUUGAGAGCUUUUAAUCUAUCUGCUCACUUGCGUUACAGAACUAGUUUCUUUGUGGUUCUUUUAAAAAACAUUGCAGUUUACCAAUAGUUUCAGAGUUUAAAGAAAUAUGACAGCUUCACUGUAAUGUAGAAAUAUAUACCGCAUAAGCACCCCAGUAAACACAAUUUCCAUGUUUUCUGUGGUUAAUAGAGUAACAUAAAUAAAAAUUAAGCUUACCUCUAUUGCGCUUCCAUGAUUUAGGGGCUUCACUAUCUCAUGAUGUGAUGGGCAUGUGGAUGCAUGCUUGAGCAUCUAGCAAAUAAAUUCAGUAUGUGUGAAUGCAAAUUAAAGGGACACUGUAGUCACUAAAACAACUUUAGCUUAAUCAAGCAGUUUUUGUGUAUAGAUCAUGCCUCUAAAGUCUCAUUGCUCAAUUCUCUGCCAUUUCAAAGUUAAAUCACUUUUGUUUCUGUUUAUGCAACCCUAGCCACAUAGGACUACACACAGAUUAAAGGUUAUUCCAGCCAUAUCAUUUUAAUUAAAAAAAUGAAAAAAAAGACUAUGGCCAGUUCCAGAUUUACCAAAGGUUCUCCACUCAAGUGAAAAUCACUCUUAUUACCAGAUCAUAAGUGUUAUGACCCAAGUUAGUGCGAGUGCAUUUACGUUGUGAUUGAUUCUCACUGGAUUUUACUAUCGACAUGUAAUUUGGUAUUAUUUUAGUAUAUAGUAAAAAUGAUCAAUAUGAGAAAAGGUGCAGUCAAUCUAUGGAAAAACAACUGUUUUAAGAGGUAGAAUUUUCAAAACAUAAACCAUCUAUUUUUCUUGCAGGCAACCACAACAUGUUUAACCCCAGUCAGUCCUCCACCUAUACAUCGAAUGGACAGCAGUUUACCAUGUCCUACGGAAGUGGAAGUGUCUCUGGUGUCUUUGGCUAUGACACAGUUGCG